GAAGGGAAGGGACGUGAGCGCUGCUGUUGAUAGAACACCGGACGCAAGUAGUGCCGGGCAGUGAGUGUCCGCCAGUGUGCAGCCAUGUCGGAGGGAGACGCCGUACAAGUGUGUGUCAGGGUCCGGCCACUCAUUCAGAGGUAAUAACAAAUAGUCCGUAAGUGUUUGGGAGAAUCCCUGGAAUGCAUAGUGUCCUCCCAGCUGGUGGAAGGGUUAACCUGAGUGCUUAUAGGGUUAUAUCUAAUCACCCCUAUAUUAUUACAGAGUGAUACAUAGCCUGCAGCUUGGUGUACGUUAACACUGUCAGCAGAGAGCAACCCUUGUAUUCAGUAGACGGGGGAGUUUGAAGAAUUGCAAUUUUUAGAACAAAACCAAUAGAAAUUAAGAAAUUAAAUCUCAUAAUCCGUUAUAUUUUCCCAUUUAGGAUAUUGUUUCUUAUAAUGUGCAAUGCUUCUUAACUGCUAGUACAUGCAUGGCCCAACAGUUAUAUCAAAAACAGUUUUGGCCUGAUCAUUAUGUACAUUGGUUGUUUUGAUACUUGACAUGCAGCCAUUUUGUCAGUAAUAUUUUUUUAUAUUUUUCUUGCACAAUUGACUUCAUUUUUAUUUAUUUUUUAUUUUGUUUUACUCAUAUGCGUACACACUGGUUGUGCAAGGCACACGUCCUAAAGCCAAAUUCAGACCAGCCUUUGUUUUAUUCAAUUUUAAUACAUUUAAAGGGACUCUAUAGACACCAAGACCAUGAAAUGCACUGCAGGAAUGACAAUGUUUUCAUUGCAGGGUUAAAAGAUCACUAUAGUGUCAGGAAAAUUAAGCGGUUUUCCUGACACUAUAGUGUUCUGAGGGUGCCCACACCCUCAGGGUCACCCUCCCGCCGAGCUGAAGGGGUUAAAACCCCUUCAGUAGCUUACCUUUUUCCAGCGCUGGGCUCCCUUGACGCUGGUGACCUCUCCUCCCCCGCCGACAUCAGCGGAGCUGAAAGCGCAUACGUGGCAAGUGCCGCGCACGUGUUCAAGCUGUCAGUAGGAAAGCAUUUUUCAAUAGGUAAACGAUAAAAGUUUAAUGGACAUCAAUUAAGAACCAGUCAUCCUGACUAAUGCACGAAAAAAUUUACUCAAUUUUUGCUGCUAGGAUCCACUGCAAAACACUGACAGAAAUUACAUCAUACAUAAGAACAAAAAAUACAAAAAUAAAUACACCAAUUACACAAUUUAAAUCAAAUGGACAAGUCGAGUUAUAAAAAUUCCUCCUGCACGUCAAAAAGGAUAAAUACCCCAUUCGCGUUAGCAGCGCCACCCUUUGUGGACGCCUUGUGAAAACUAGUGGGUGGCGGGGGGAUGUAAAGCUUCUUCCUAUUAAAGAGUUGCAAUGUCCCUUUUUCCUUGAAAAGUGGUGCGGGAACACUGAAUUGGUAACCAUUGCACGUGGGGUAAGUUUCAAAUUUGAGUAUUAUAGGUUACAAUUAUCAGAUCAAUAGGGCAUCCUAAGAAGCUUAUAGUAGUUACCCAGUGAUAAACACAAAAAUAAAAAAUUGAGGUUCCUAUUACUUACACUGAACAAAAUUAUAAACGCAACACUUUUUUGUUUUUGCCCCCAUUUUUCAUGAGCUGAACUCAAAGGCCUAAGACUUUUUCUAUGUACACAAAAGGCCUAUAUCUCAGAAAUAUUGUUCACAAAUAUGUCUGAAUCUCUGUUGGUGAGCACUCCUCCUUUGCCAAGAUAACCAUUCACCUCACAGGUAUGGCAUAUCAAGAUGCUGAAUAGACCGCAUGAUUAUAGCAAAGGCUGGCCACAAUAAAAGGCCACUCCAAAAUGUGCAGUUUUAUUACACAGCACAAUGCCACAGAUGUUGCAAGUUUUGAGGGAGCAUGCAAUUGGCAUGCUCACUGCAGGAUUGUCCACCAGAGCUGUUGCCCGUGAAUUGAAUGUUCAUUUCUCUACCAUAAGCCAUCAGCAAGGCAUUUUAGAGAAUUUGGCAGUACAUCCAACCGGCCUCAUAGCCGCAGACCACGUGUAACCACACCAGCCUAGGACCUCCACAUCCAGCAUCUUCACCUCCAAGAUCGUCUAAGACCAGCCACCCGGACAGCUGCUGCAACAAUCUGCUUGCACAACCAAAGAAUUUCUGCACAAAUUGUCAGAAACCGUCUCAGGGAAGCUCAUCUGCAUGCUCAUCGACCUGACUGCAGUUUGUUGUUGUAACCGAUUUAAGUGGGCAAAAGCUCACAUUCGAUGACGUCUGGCACUUUGGAGCGGUGUUCUCUUCACGGAUGAAUCACGUUUUUUUUUUAUUAUUAUUUAUUAUUAUUAUUGUACAGGGCAGAUGGCAGACCGCUAGUAUGGCGUUGUGUAGGUGAGCGGUUUUGCUGAUGUCAACAUUGUGGAUUGAGUGUCCCGUGGUGGUGGAGUUAUGGUAUUGGACGGUGUAUGUUAUGGACAACAAACACAACAUGACCAUCACCUCAUGUUGCAGCAUGAUAAUGAACGGCCCCAAGUUGCAAGGAUCUGUACACAAUUCCUGGAAGCUGAAAACAUCCCAGUUCUUGCAUGGCCAGCAUAUUCACUGGACAUGUCACCCAUUGAGCAUGUUUGGGAUGCUCUGGAUCAGCGUAUAUGUCUGCAUGUGCCAAUAUCCAGCAACUUCGCACAGCCAUUGAAGAGGAGUGGACCAACAUUCCACAGGCCACAAUCAACAACCUAAACAACUCAGUGUUGCACUACGUGAGGCAAAUGGUGGUCACACCAGAUACUGACUGUUUUUUGGACCUCCCCAAUAAAGUAAAACUGCACAUUUUAGAGUGGCCUUUUAUUGUGGCCAGCCUAAAGCACACCUGUGCAAUAAUCAUGCUGUCUAAUCCAGGGCUUGACAAAUUUGUUUAGGAUAUAGGAGCCAGCUAAAAAAGUUAGGAGCCAGUAAUUUUCAACGAGAGUGCAAUUCUUAAAGGGACACUAUAGUCACCAGAACCACUACAGCUUGAUAUGGUAGUUUUGGUGUCUAUAGCCUGUCCCUGCAGGCAUUUCAGUGUAAACACUGCCUUUAAAGCGAAAAGGCAGAGUUUACAUUGCUGCUUACUAACUCCUCUGACUGUCACUCAGACGGUCACUAGAGGUUCAGUGUUUCCAAGCUCUGCAUGGAGGCGCUGAAUGCUCCUCAUAGAGAUUGGUUAAUGUAAUGCAUCUCUAUGAGGAGAUGCGAAUUGGUACACUUGCUGCGCAUGCACAAAAUCCUCCCAAUGCUUUGCUAAGGGAAAGCAUUGCCUUAGCGGAGAUCAUAAAGAUUGAUCAUCUCAGCCAUUGCAAAACUGGCACGGCGUGGGAAAAUAGGAAGAAAGGUGAGUAAAAAAACACCUUCCUCAAGCGAUCGCGCACGCACACACACUCUGACAGGCUCACAUACACACUCAUGCUGACAACAGGCUUGCACACACUGACAGACACACACAUACAGACGCUGACAGGCUCUCACAUACAGAUACUGACUCUGACAGGCUCGCUCACUGACAGCACACACACACAGUCUGACAGGCUCGCUCACAAACACACACACAGACACUCUUGACAGAUUCACACAUUUUUAUUUGAAUUGAAAUCCACUCAGUCUCCCUACCUUUGGGAGAGCUGAGUGAGUCUUUCCUGGGGUCCAGUGGGCUGCACUAUUCCUGUGUGGGUAGGAGCAGUACUCUGCCAGUAGCUCCUCUCUGCUCCCUCGCGCUCUGUAAUGAUGCCGGGGCGACAUCAUUACACAGCGCGAGAGAGCAGAUGCAAAUAGAGUACUGCUCCCUCGCGUGCUGGCCAUAAUGCUCGGGCGGCGGGCGGCAUCCUCCAUGUAUCCGCGGGCAGGCGUCAAAGCUCCCUCCCACGCUAACUAGAGAGCUGGCAAAUCCCAGUCGCCGUGGCGAUCUGGCGCCUGGGAUUUGUCGAGCCCUGGUCUAAUCAGCCUCUUGAUAUGCCACAGCUGUGAGGUGAAUGGAUUAUCUCGGCAAAGGAGAAGUGUUUCUAUUCACAAGAAAGGUAAUAGGGAGGAGUCGGGCAACUAUAGGCCAGUAAGCCUUACUUCAGUAGUGGGGAAAGUGAUGGAAACCAUGUUAAAGGAUAGGAUUGUUGAACAUCUAAAAAACACAUGGAUUUCAAGAUCAGAGACAACAUGGGUUUACUUCAGGGAGAUCAUGCCAAACUAAUCUUAUUGAUUUUUUUGAUUGGGUAACUAAAAUUAUAGAUCAGGGUGGUGCAGUAGACAUUGCUUACCUAGAUUUCAGUAAGGCUUUUGACACUGUUGCACAUAGAAGGCUUAUCAAUAAACUGCAAUCUUUAAGUUUGGAUUCCAAUAUUGUUGAAUGGGUAAGGCAGUGGCUGAGUGACAGGCAACAGAGGGUUGUAGUCAAUGGAGUAUAUUCGAAGCUUGGGCUUGUCACCAGUGGGGGAUACCUCAGGGAUCUGUACUUGGACCCAUUCUCUUUUUUUUUUUUUUUUUAUAAAUUCUUUAUUUUUGUUGUGCGGGUGGUUACAAGAUACCAACAAACGCCACAACGGCGUAUUGCAAGAUUUAUACAUGUUAGACAGUGGCAUGAAGAGUCGCACAUAUUUUGUGUUUUUUUUAUCCAAUAUAACUAAACGAUUGUAGUGCCCUAGUUAAGGUAAAUGAAACAAGUAGAAACUAUGUAUGUGUGACAGUACUAGAUGAGCUGUAUUAGUGUGGUUAGAUCUAUGUGUUGAGUUACACGCUAGUUGAAUCGUUAUCGUAGUCACUUAUGUAGAUGCUAUUGGUUAGCACAAUUAGUUUAUCCCAUCCACACUUGUAUAGGUGUAAAUAUUGGUUGUGCGGCUACCUGUUGUCUGGACCGGGAUAAGUAUGGAUAUGGAUACUCUACACGUGCAUAGGACAUCAGCUUAUCACAGUUGUAGAAAACAUUUGCUUGUAACAAUUGCAUAAAACUUUUGCAUAUACUAUUUGCAUAUGACAUGUGCGAGAUAGUUAGUAAGAAAACGUAGUAGAGUAUUCAGCUUAGGAGCGGGGUCGUGAGUGUGAUGACAGCCUGAUCUGCUAAUAGGGUGUGUGCACUGUGGUGUAUAUUGUGUGCUCCUAGAUUACCCCUCGGCAUGGGGGGGGGGUUGUCGUUCAGAUAAUAGGCAGUCGGGAUCUACUCUGGGCCUCUGCCUGUCCAUCAGUGGUUGUGGUCUGAUGUGGGGGGGAAGUUUUUAAGAGUCCCUCAUAGUAAUGGCGGUGCAUAGGGGAAUGUCCCAAAAGUCUUUUGGUGGUCUUCUGGUCUGGUUCAGGUCGUGACCGCUGUGUAUUGUUCCACUUGAGGCCUCCUUGGCACGAACUCCGGUGCUCUGGUUGCAUCCCGCCCAAGGGGAUAUGUGGUUCUCGCUGGUGGUUCCGCUGGUUGAAUGGAAUUCAGGGGGAGGCCCAGAGUGCCUAAGACCUCCGUGGCUUCAUGUAUGUUGCUUACAGCGUGUGGCACGUCUCCCCUCAUGAUGUGUAGGACGUGAGCUGGGCCCCAGCGGUACCUGAUUUGGUUGGCUCGUAGCACUGCAGUAAACUGUUGUAGAGAUCUCCGCCAUGCUAAUGUUCCACUUGAGAGGUCUGGGAAAAAUGACAGGGUCAUGUUUUCAAAGGGGUAUGCCGAUUGCUCCCUGGUGGCCGCUAGGACUGCAGUUUUGUCCCUCAGGUUUUGAAAUUGGAGCACUAUGUCCCUAGAUGUGCUGGGUGGUGCCCUGGUCUGUCUCGGCAGGCGGAAUAUGCCAUCUAGCGUAAUCGCCCUGGCUGUUUUCGGGGGCAAGAGUGCGGUGAGGAGCCGCCUGGCAAAGUGUGGGAGCUCUGCGUCAGGGACUGAGUCAGCCACCCCCCUAACCUUUAGGUUUUUGUAGCGUCUUUUAUCUUCCUGUAAGGAGAAUCGCUGGUCCUGUAGUUGGUUCUGUUUUUGCAGUGCGCUUAUUGCAACUUGGAGCUCAGUUAUUUGAGUGGUAUGUGUUGUGGAGGUUCCCUCCACUGCCUGGAGACGGCCUGUCAAAUUUUUCAAAUCAUUUAUCAUAGCCACAUCGGCCGCGAUUUUCCUAUGGUGCUCAGCCAUGAGGUCUCCUAUGGCUUCCAUAGUUACCGGCUUGGGGUCGUUCACGGGUGGCUGGUUCCGUGUCUGCACCGGUUGUUUUAAGGCUGGGGCUGGUGCUGGGUCUCCCUCCGUGUCGUCCGAGGACCCCUCGUAAAAAUCCGAGCAGCCGCCGUGCAGGGACGCCAUUUUGGAGCCCGCGGCUUCAUGAGCCUGCCGCCAGAGGUUCCCGAUAUCCAUGCCGGGUCGGGGCUUGUCCGGCUUUUGUUUUUUCAUUUUUCUCCCCAUGUGGUCCGGGGGGGUUCUGGGCUCACUUUGCGGUGGAUUCCGCCGAUGCCCAGGUGUGGAAAGGGUGAGUUUUGCUCUGGCUUAGUCCGGAGCUUCUCCGCCAUGCGUCCGUCUGGACCCAUUCUCUUUAAUAUUUUUAUUAGUGAUAUUGCAGAAGGUCUUGAUGGUAAGGUAUGUCUUUUUGCUGAUGAUACUAAGAUAUGUAACAGGGUUGAUGUUCCAGGAGGGAUAAGCCAAAUAGCAAAUGAUUUAGGUAAACUAGAAAAAUGGUCAGAAUUGUGGCAACUGACAUUUAAUGUGGUUAAGUGCAAGAUAAUGCAUCUUGGACGUAAAAACCCAAGGGCAGAGUACAGAAUAUUUGAUAGAGUCCUAACCUCAACAUAUGAGGAAAGGGAUUUAGGGGUGAUUAUUUCUGAUGACUUAAGGGUAGGCAGACAAUGUAAUAGAGCAGCAGGAAAUGCUAGCAGAAUGCUUGGUUGUAUAGGGAGAGGUAUUAGCAGUAGAAAGAGGGCUCAUGCCAUUGUACAGAACACUGGUGAGACCUCACUUGGAGUAUUGUACGCAGUACUGGAGACCCUAUCUUCAGAAGAAUAUUGAUACCUUAGAGAGAGUUCAGAGAAGGGCUACUAAACUGGUUCAUGGAUUGCAGGAUAAAACUUACCAGGAAAGGUUAAAGGAUCUUAACAUGUAUAGCUUGGAGGAAAGGCGAGAAAGGGGGGAUAUGAUAGAAACAUUUAAAUACAUAAAGGGAAUCAACACAGUAAAGGAGGAGACUAUAUUUAAAAGAAGAAAAACUACCACAACAAGAGGACAUAGUCUUAAAUUAAAGGGACAAAAGUUUAAAAAUAAUAUACGGGAGUGUUACUUUACUGAGAGGGUAGUGGAUGCAUGGAAUAGCCUUCCAGCUGAAGUGGUAGAGGUUAACACAGUAAAGGAGUUUAAGCAUGCGUUGGAUAGGCAUAAGGCUAUCCUAAUUAGAAGAUAAGGCCAGGGGUUAAUGAAAGCAUUUAGAAAAUUGGGCAGACUAGAUGGGCCAACUAGUUAUUAUCUGCCGUCAAAUUCUAAGUUUCUAUGUUCACUGACACAGAUUUAGAGAGAUUUGUGAACAAUAUUUGCGAGAAAGAGGUCUUUUGUGUACGUAGAAAAAGUCAUAGAUCUUCGAGUUCAGUGUUGCGUUUAUAAUUUUGUUCAGUGUAAUUGGUAAAUUGCUCCUGGGUUAAAAAAAUAAUAAUUAAGUUGUAAACAAACUUUCAGUUAUAGGUCGCCGAGUACAGUAACUAACCCAAUAUAUUGAAACUUGAAACAAUUUGGCAAACCUGCUAUCUGUUGAACGUUUGGCUCUCAUGCCAGCAGACAGGCCUCUGCAUUCUUCUUUUUUAUUUUUUUUUAUUUUUUGCCCAUUUGCCAUUGCUGUCCUAAUUUGUUUGCCUAAAGCGAAAAAAAUAUAUAAAUUUCAGGGUGUUUAGAGAAAAGCAUGACUGCAAUAUUUUCUUUUCUUCAUAUUUUCUUCAUCAUCAUCUGAUCAUUUUAUAUUUUACUUUUUCAUUUCAGAGAGCAAGGGGAUCAGUUGAACCUACUUUGGAGAGCUGAGAAGUCAAAAAUUUCCCAAAUAGAUGGAACAAAAUCUUUUAACUUUGGUAAGCAGUUUUUGUUUUUAAACCCUGGUUCACUUAAGUGAGCUCUACAAAUUUGACUCAUAAUUGCCUUUUCUAACAAUGGUUAUCACUGAGGUCAGAGUACACUACUGGGUAGGACUGUGCUCACCAUUUCUCAGCUUUGGGGGGGCUCUAGGCUUUUCUUAGCUGUCCAUAGACUGGUAACCUGUAGCCUUAUUUCUCAUCCCUAAUCUUGUCUAUAGUGGCAGCUUAUAACAGUAUCCUUGUGAUGUUCUGCUCUUAGAAAUGCAAUGGCAUUUUAAAACAUUACUACUGAAACGGCCAGCACCUUGUUUGUUGCUAAACAUGAAUACUUAUUCAGGGUUAUUCACUAACAUGAGAAUUCAGCGAGAAUUUCAAGUUGACGGCCAAAGUAGCUUAACCAAAGGCAUAGGGGAGUUAUAAAAUAUUUCCAGUUAUCAUUUAUUUUUAUAUUUUUUUUUUUUUACAUUUAAAGAAACAAUAUAGUGUCAGGAAUACAAACGUACACCUGAGACUAUAGGGCUGCUGUGGCCGUUUAAUAUACCGACCCCACUCUGAUUGCUCUCAAAAGGUGAAUUUACUCACUUUUUUUUUUUUUUUUCUUGCCACGUAGGGCUCCAUCUCCAUGGCUGAGAUCCUCAAUCUUAAUGGUCUUAGCCAAUUCAGUGCUUUCCCAUAGGAAAGCGUUGGGAGUCUAUUGCACAUGCUCGUCAAAACAUCACGCAGCGCCAAUCCGCAUCUCCAUGGAGAGAUGCAUUUGUAUUAAUGCAUCAGUGUGGGGAACGCCAGUGCUGCACACAGGAAGUACCUGAAUGACUGCUACUAGAGAUGUUACUAGGCAGCAAUGUAAACACGGUCUUUUCUCUGAGAAAACUAGCUUGCCAUGCUUCCAGUGGUGUCCACAUUACUUAUUUGAACUGUCGUUGAGCAGUUUUCUCCCUUCAUUCAGCAUUUCCAUGCAGUCUGUCAUUAACAUGAGUGGUAUUAUUUUUCAGUUUUAUUAUGGUUUUGUGAACCAAAACAUUAAAGGUCCACUAUAGGCGCCCAGACCACUUCAGCUCAAUGAAGUGGUCUGGGUGCCAGGUCUAUCUAGGGUUAACCCUGCAGCUGUAAACAUUAGGGUUAAUCCAGCCUCUAGUGGCUGUCUCACUGACAGCCGCUAGAGGCGCUUCUCACUGAUUUUCAGUGAGAAGACGCUGCCGUCCAUAGGAAAGCAUUGAGCACUGGAGAUGACGUCUGAAGAGGGUGGAGAGUCCCCAGUGCCGAGGCAGCCCGGCGUUGGAGAAAAGUCCGAAUUUAACCCCUUCCUCCCACUAGAGCCCAGCGGGGGACCCUGAAGGUGGAGGGGGGGGGGGACCCAAAGAUGUAUUUAAUGCCUCAUUUUAUCAUUGGGGUAAAUCGGCUAGAUCUUUUAUCUAAUACCUUUGCAAGUCCUCCAUUUCUAAACCCAGAUUUUAUGUUGCAGUCCAAUUACAGACUUCCCAAUGCAGCGCAACAAUAAGACUUUGCAAGGCAGUGGUUCUGUCCAACUGCAGCUUCUUGAGUUUAGCCCCACUGAACAAACCAGGAAGUAAUAUGACCUGUUCUCUGCUUUAAACCCAAGGGGUGUAACCAGGUUCCUUUAUAAAAGUGCCAAUUUCUAUUGAAACCUGCACUUUUGUAAAAUGGAAAAAAAAAGAGGGGACACUCUUCACACACACACAGCUUUUCAGUGUCUAAGGGGUCUGGAGUGUUCUUUUUUUCAUUCAGUCUGUUUCUUCUCAUAACUUGUAGUUAUGCUAUAUGUUUUUUAAAUGUCAAGCUUUUGGGUGUUCCUGACUUUAAGGUAAACUGGUAUUCCUGCAAAAAUUUAUUGGGAAAUUUUGGCUUUUGAUAAGAUGGUAAAACACCGGACUAGCACAGCUAUGCAAAUAACCAUUGUGGUACAAAUUAAUCACAGGCAUUCUAUUAAGACUACAUUACAUGGAUAGGUUGGAUACUAAUAACUAAGCAACUGUUUUCUAGAUCGUGUAUUCCAUUCCAAUGAAACGACCAGUCAAGUUUACCAGGAAAUGGCAAUUCCUAUUAUACGCUCUGUUUUACACGGAUACCAUGGUGGGUAUUUCAGUAUAUACUGAAGACAUAUAAGACAGUUAGUCUUGUGCAUUUUUUCAGAUAUCUAUACAACAAUUUUGCUUUUGCAGGCACUAUAUUUGCUUAUGGACAGACAUCCUCUGGGAAAACGUACACAAUGAUGGGAACAACAGAUUCUGUAGGAAUAAUACCACAGGCAGUGCAGGAUAUUUUUAAAAUUAUACAAGAGGUAUGUAAAAUGUACUGUGUAGAUUUGUUCCCUUCUUCCCCCACACUUUUUUUUUUUGUAGAAUAUACAUUGUUUUUGUCCAGUAAACUGUGCAUUUUCCACAAAUAAAAUAUGAAUGGAAGAAUGAAGGCAAAAAUAGCUUAUGUGGAAUUAAAGGGACACUCUAAACACCAGACCAUUUCAGGCACUAAAUGUUUCCCUUUAACUUUGCUAUUGUUAGAACAUGGGUAUUUUUGCAAUUUGGGAUUUUUUUAAAUUCAGUUCCUUAUGUUUGAAUUGUGUGUAUCUGCUGGCUGUAUUUUAAAGUAAUGUGAUUCAGAUUUAUUCUCUACAAUUUGAGUUUUUUAUGCAUACAUAUGCGAUGCUUAUUAAAUAUACACUUAUUAAUCAGGGGUGUCAAGGGACUAAAGUAAUCUAUUUGUCUGGACACAAUAAUUUCAAUUACGAAGAUUUGGGCUGCUGUCAGGAGCACUGGACAUUGACAGGUGUGUGUGUGUGUAUAUGUGUGUGUGUAUAUAAAAAUAAUGUGUGUUUGUGUGUAGAUACAAAUAUGCGAGCACGUUAAUGUGCUGGCUGUGUGUAGUUGUUUUAAACUUUCUGAUAUAUGUGCUCACACAAAAACUAUGCAUUCUCUGACACUUGCACACAGCACAGAAUACCAGCAGCUGCCUGGAUUUUGUAUAGUGGGUGUUCAGCCUGUCCUAUGCUGUCUCUGCCAUGCACAGUGUCUGCCACUGGCAUGUCACGUCCCACUAUAAAAAAAAUUAACUUUUUGCCUGGAACUGUAUGUCCUGGGCAUUGGGCAGUAUAAACACCACAUCCCUGUUAUUAUACAUAUGUAUGUACACAUGUAUAAUUUCAGAAAUUAUACUACGUUAUUUACUAAAGUGAGAAUGCAACCUGAAUACAAAGUGAAUGUAAAAUUUUACAGUCAAAAUAGCCAAACUGUAAAAAUUAGAACAGUCAUCUGUGCUUUCCAUUCAGCUAUUCUAGCCUGAAAUUUGAAAUCUCACUUUAAUAAAUAACCUUUAAAGUAUAAAUUGUUUAAACUUUUUUUUAUUUAUUAAAGUUUGUUCUCAUUGACACACUUACUUCACAGUCCCAUUGCAUCUUUCAUAUUUCCAGCAUCCCUCAUGGACCUGCAGCUUGUCCCCUUCACAUCUCUUUCCUCAAUGCAGUAUAGGCCGCCAGAAUAUUACUCCAUGUUGUAUCCCAGUGGUCAUCGAGUCCGUGCAUUGUGAGGAGCAGCCUACAGCUGGCUGGGGGCCCCAGCCAGCUGUAGGCUAUGGUGACCCACUGGAAAAUUUCCAGCUUUUCAGUCCUUCCAAUGUACUAAUCCUCCCUCACUACCUGCCACUUGCCUGUGUCCUGAGCUAAAAGAAUAGUGAAAUGGCUUGCAUUGUGCAUGGAUUUGAAUCUUCAGAGUGUAACGUGGUAGAAAUUCUGCAUACCCAAUUAUUAAUUGAUACCUUUUUAUGACAGAUACCAAACCGAGAGUUUCUGCUGCGAGUGUCCUACAUGGAAAUUUACAAUGAAACUGUGACUGACCUCCUAUGUGAUGAUAGAAAGAAAAAGCCUUUAGAAAUACGUGAAGACAUUGAUGUAAGUGAAAGUGGCUUGUUUUAGAACAAACAUGCCAAUUUUAGAAGAACUGACUCCUGAUGUAAUUGUUACAGAUUGAGAAUCUAUUUAUCCUUCUAGUUUGUAUUUAAAAAAAAUAAAAAUAGAAAAAUGUUAAUCUGCAACAUGCUCUUCUUUUGUUUCAAUCAACUCAUGGAAUACUAAUUUUGGAGGGGGUGCUGACAGUGGCACUUAAUUUGUAAUGCUAACCUAGUGUCUCCAGCAACCCAUCCCCUCAGUUCUGCUUUGGUAUAUCUGGUAGCUUAAACUUGUACAGCAUGGGUGGCUGUGAUUGGCUGAGAGUAUCAGAUGACCACUUUUAACAACUCCAUAUUGCUUUAAGGAAUUGUGUUGUCUCUGUCUUAUCUCUAGUUAGGGGGCUGUUGUUUGACUAGCCAGGAACACUUAUUUAGUGAUUAUCUAUUCAAAAACGGUUUAGCAGUGAAUGUAGGGACAGUGCCAGAGAACUCCAGGCACUUAACCAAUUCAAUGAAAUGAAUCAUUAUACUGCAUACAGUGUCCCUUUAACUUUUCAUGGUGAUGGGAGUUUUCCUUUAACUCAGAAAACCCUGCAGGUUGGGUGGAAGUGGCAGUUAAUUUUUUGAGGUGGUGCUUAUUUUUUAUUGUUAUAUUAUUUAUUUUUUACUUUUUUAACUAUUAUAAGUUACAUGCAGCAUAAAGAACUGUAACAUAACCUGCACAUUACACAAAAUAUGUUGAUAACUCGAAUGUCCUUUUUAAGCCCUUAAGGACGGCGGGCGUGCUAUGCCAUCCGUAGGGACACGGCUCUAAACGACGACGGGCGGCAUUGCAUGUCCCCGCCGUCCUAUGUACUUACCAAUCGCUGUGGGGGGAGUUACCUGGCAUCCCAGGGAGACUCCUUGCUGCCUUUCCAGCCCUCCUGGGCCAUGGGAUUGCGAGGACCUCACGCUCAUAUGGACGGAAUAGCCAUCCACAGCAUUGCCAGCAGGGGGAGUGCCUUAAAUUACAGGUAGUCCCCCUGCUGCCUGAAAAAAGUUAAAAACAGUUUAAUGUGUGUGUAUGUGUGUGUGUGUGUGUGUGUGUGUGUGUGUAUGUAUGUGUAUGUGUACAUACAUACACACACACACACACACACACACACACAAAUAUUUACAAAUUCUGGCACUCUUCCCCAACAAAAUCUCAGAAAGAAUUCAGACCAAGGUGCUUCUCAGUGCAAAAUAUAAAAUCCAGAGAAAUGAGAGCACUGACUGGGUUUAGAAAAAUGUGUAUUAAAUAUUAGGCAAACAAAUCAACGUUUCGACUGUCAAGCGGUCUUUAUCUUGAUAAAGACCGCUUGAUGGUCGAAAUGUUGAUUUGUUUGCCUAAUAUUUAAUACACAUUUUUCUAAACCCAGUCAGUGCUCUCAUUUAUCUGGAAUAUAUAUAUAUAUAUAUAUAUAUAUAUAUAUAUAUAUAUAUAUAUAUAUAUAUAUAUAUAUAUAUAUAUAUAUAUAUAUAUAUAUAUAUAUUUAUUAUUAUUUUUUUUACAGUUAGCUUGAAUUUUAUUUGAAUUCAGCCAGCAGGGGGACUGUCAUAACAGGCAGUCCCCCUGCUGGAAAUGCAGCAGGCAGCUAACCCGGCCACCGGGUAAGUAAAAAAAAAACAAAAAACGGAGGGCGUACUAUUACGUCCGGCGGCGUUUAGAGCCGCCUAAAAUAGGGCGUAAUAGUACGCCCUCCGGUCUGAAGGGGUUAAUUACAAUUUUGCGAGACCUGCCUGACAACCUAGGCCAAAAGUCCAGGGAAUUUAAUUUGCUAGCACUAUAUUUAACCCUGUAACUUUUCAAGACACCAUAAAACCUGUACAUUGGGGGUACUGUUUUACUCUGAAGACUUCUCUGAACACAAAUAUUACUGUUUCAAAACCGUAAACUGUAUUACAACGAUGAUAUUAUAAGUGAAAGUGACAUUUUUGCAUUUUUCAUGCACAAAUGGCACUUACACUGACAAUAUAAUUGUUGUGAUGCGUUUUCCUGUUUUGAAACACUAAUAUUUGUGUUCAGCGAAGUCUCCCGAUUAUAACAGUACCCCACAUGCACAGGUUUUAUGGUUUUUUCAAAAGUUAGAGAGUCAAAUAUAAGGUUUGCAUUUCAGUUUUUUCACAUUGAAAUUCGCCAGAUUGGUUAUUUUGCCUUUGAGACUGUAUGGUAGCCCGGGAAUGAAAAUUACCCCUAUGAUGGCAUACCAUUUGCACUGUGAUUAGGGUUAACGUGUAAUAUAACUAGGUUCUAAGAGCUAUUUCACUUCCUUUUGGAUUGUUACUCUUAUGUCUACACCUAUGCAUUGAUAAGUUUUCCUGCAGGUCCAGUGUGCAUCUUACUACAUGACAUUUUAGUGAAACGCUUACUACAAGAUAUCACUAACCGUCUCACUUGCUUCUUGUAUAAUUAUAUUUUUCAGAGGAAUGUGUAUGUUGCUGACUUGACAGAAGAAAUUGUGAUGAUUCCUGAUCAUGUAAUUAAAUGGAUAAAAAAGGGUGAAAGUAAGAAGAAAAUAUUUUUACAUCCUGUCUGUCCAUCCCUCUAAGCCAAGUGGUUUCUUUUUUGUUUAGUUUUUUUCUCAUUGUCAUGUGACUUGCACAUGCCCAUUAUGGACAUAAUGGAGGUGCUUUAGAGGUGACACCUAUUAUUAACUAAACAAAAAUGUUUUAUGUGGAAUUUUCCCAUCAUAUAUAAAACUACUGGCACAGCCUAGCAUCACAAAUAAAUGCAAAAUUUUAAUGACUCCUUUGUGCUUGUGUGUAUGGCGUGUUAUGAAGAUGACAGUCACAUGCAUUAAUGAAGUGCAGCACUUUAUUGCUAUUUGUUUUUAUUACUCAACUGAAUUUCUCUACAAAGUUUACAUCUUAGAAAAUCUGUGCAACUAUAUUAUUUUGUUAUCCUGCAGAAAAUAGACGUUAUGGUGAGACUAAAAUGAAUGAACACAGCAGUCGCUCGCAUACCAUUUUUAGAAUGGUAAGUUUCUAUGCUCAUCUUUAUAUAUGAAUAUCUGAAAGUCCUAUAUUAAUGUUUAUGCUAUAUAUCUGACUUCCCCCCAAACCCCUUAGAUUCUUGAAAGCCGUGAAAGAAGUGAUCCUGGAAAUCCAGAGACUUGUGAUGGAGCUGUCAUGGUGUCUCAUUUGGUGAGAAAUGUGCAACUCCUUUUUUUAUUUUUAUUUUUUAUUAUUUUUUUUUAAACCAUAUUUCCUUUUGUGUUCUCGUAUUGGCUUGUUUGGGCAGCUUUUUGUAUAUAGGCAUUGCUGUCAAGUGACAAUCUUGGAGGGGUGGUUAACUUUCAGUUCUCACGGUCAACAAAUACAACUUGUGCACUCAAAAUUACCCACAUUUAAGCUCUGAACAUCAAGGGUGCACAAUAUUUGCUCUAAUUCUUCAAAAGCAAUAAAGCAAUUGUGUUUUUUUUGCUAAGCCUUUUGUUUAAGCAGUAAGUGUGUGAUUGUGUUGAUAUUAAAUGUUUCUGUUCAGGUCAGUGGAAGCUGCAUGUACAUACUCAUUAACAAUUGGUUGCAUAAACAUAUGUCUCAUUGUUUGUUUUUGUUUUUCUGAAGUAGUAAUCUGUACAAUAAUUUAAUUGUCUUGUUCACUAAAUAAUGGUUUACCUUGGUAAUAAAGUUUUUGAUUCAGAGGCUAUAUACAACCUGUAAAGAGAAUUUCCUUUUUGUUAUGUUUGUAAAGGGACACUAUAGUCAUCAAAACAACGUUCACUUAAUGAAGCAGUUUGUGUAUAGAUCAUGCUCAAUUCACUGCCGUUUAGGAGUUAAAUCACUUGUCAUUUAAGAAAUUAUAAAUUAAACAUAAUUUGCAAUAAAAAAGGAUAAACAUUAGAUGACUCUUUACAGGAAGUGUUGGAAGGCUGUGAAGUGAUUUAACUCCUAAAUGGUAAAUAAAUUAGCAUAUAAGACUGCAGGGGCAUGAUCUAUACAUCAAAACUACUUGAUUAAGCUAAAGAUGUUUUGGUGACUAAUGUCCCUUUAAAAAUAAAAAAUUUGCCUGAAUAAAACAUUACCCCUUAAAUUUACAAUGUGUAUUCUUGUUCAUUUGUUUUCCAAAUGGUCUUUAAAUGUAUCUUAUAUUUAUUUCAGAAUCUUGUAGACUUGGCAGGCAGUGAAAGAGCAAGCCAAACUGGAGCCGAAGGUAAGUAGAAUCAGUGAUUUUAAUGGCAACCUCUGAUAUGUAUGUUUUCAGAUACAUAAAAAAAGAAUAUUUAAGCAGAUGGUUUAGCCCCUUAAGGACCAAACUUCUGGAAUAAAAGGGAAUCAUGACAUGUCACACAUGUCAUGUGUCCUUAAGGGGUUAAAGUAGCUCUGUAACCAGGCUGCACAUAUUGAGUAAUGGUAAAGAGAGAAUUUUUUUCUGAAAUAUAUUUAUUACUUUGUUGGAACUGAAAUUCCAAUGCAGUCAAGAUAUAAGAAAGCUAAAAUAUAAAUUAUGGAAAAAAACAAUGAACGCACUGUUCGGUGUCUCUGUGUAUACACCUGUACAAACCACCUCCCGGGAAAAGACACAGGGUGUGGUGACAGGGGACACACAGAAAACAGUGUACCAGUAUGGGACUCCAGAAAUCCCAAACGGGGCUUAACCCCAAGUAAACAAGAAACAAAAAAUAUAUUACGCAAUGCAGUCAGUCUCCCUAUAUCCUAGGGACUAACCACAUAUCUGGAAAUAUCUAUAGCGAUCGAGUGUACACUCGAUCGCUAUAGAUAUUUCCAGAUAUGUGGUUAGUCCCUAGGAUAUAGGGAGACUGACUGCAUUGCGUAAUAUAUUUUUUGUUUCUUAAAAUAUAAAUUACUUUGUUUUAUGGUGAAGCCUGAAGCUUACAAAAAAUGGAACUUCAGCUGUCAAGUUUUGUCAUUUUCCACAGGCGUUGCUUGUGAUGGCAGUUGGAUUUGUGCUUCUCCUUGCGAAUUGCAAGACUUGGUCUGCAGGGGGGUAGUUUCAGUCUAUAUUUACUGAUCACUGAACUGUUGCACCCCCCCUCCCGAGCGGGGCUGUUCAGGGGCUGUCACCUCAAAGGUGACAGAUACCUUAAAUGCUUUAAUACUUUUUUUUGUCUUUGUUUAAACACAAAAAAGAGAUUUCAUUGUCUGUUUAAGUAAAUUAAAAUUUCAACUAAUCAAUUUUAUGUUCUCUGUUGUAAUUGGCUUUCAGGAGUGAGAUUAAAAGAGGGGUGUAACAUCAACAGAAGUUUAUUUAUUCUUGGGCAGGUCAUAAAGAAACUCAGUGAUGGUCAAGCUGGGUGAGUCUUCUGUGUUUCAUGAGAGGUUAUUGCAUAUUAGAAAAGGUAUCCUGUUUUGUAUAACAUAGAAUGUUAACUUAUCAUUCAAGCACUGUGACAAGGCUGGCUGUUUGAUUUCUCUUAACAUAAAUUUUAAUAGUAAAAAGACUUUAUCGUUUAACAUUGAUAACUGCAAAAGUAGUUAAUUAUUGUAGCCUUGCUGUAUAUAGGUAUUACAUUGAAGCGUUUUAAAAAUAAUUUAUUCCAAUUGAAAAAAAAAAAUCAGAUAUUUAACUCUGGACUUUUAGUUGUUGUCAACUCUCCUUAGUUGUGUAGAUUUUUUUUUCUGUUUUAAGUGAACUUGCUAUCUGUUAUCACACCACUAAUUUUUUUUUUAGUUUGUGUGCAGGUAUUAUAAAUGUAUUUAUUUUCAUAUGUUUCAUGUGUGCAGUGGAUUCAUAAACUACAGAGACAGCAAACUGACUCGGAUUCUUCAAAAUUCAUUGGGUGGAAAUACAAAGACGUUAAUCAUUUGUACAGUUACACCGGUGUCUUUUGAUGAAACGUUAAGCACCCUCCAGGUAAAGAAUAUUGUUUUUUUCUGAAUAAUAAUAAUAAUUUUUUAUUUGCAGUUAGAUGCAAUUAUACUGAGAAUUUUAAGAAAACUAUGUUGUUUUUUUUUUUCCCAUCUUUUAUUUAAAGGAACACUAUUGUGUUAGGUAUACAAAGCUGUAUUCCUAACAUCGUAAUGUCCCCCUCCCCAGCAGCAAUUAAAGGUUUUUGGUUUUUUUAAGGUAUUUUAAAGAUGUUGCACAUCCUCAUACAAAGUGUGAGAGCGUCCAGUGUUGUUUCACAGAGCUAAACUCUGAAGCAGCAGGAAGCAUAUCUAGUGGCUGCUUUUUGAAGUGGUUAUGGAUUAAGCAUCCUAUAUGUGCAGCAUUUUAAUUUGUGCCUGGUUCUAGGUACAGCAUGUAAAACAGCCAAUACAUGCAAGAAAAAGUAUGUGAACCCUUUGGAAUGAUAUGGAUUUCUGCACAAAUUGGUCAUAAAAUGCAAUCUGAUCAUCAUCUAAGUCACAACAAUAGACAAUCACAGUCUGCUUAAACUAAUAACACACAAAGAAUGAAAUGUUGCCAUGUUUUUAUUGAACACACCAUGUAAACAUUCACAGAGCAGGUGGAAAAAGUAUGUGAACCCUUGGAUUUAAUAACUGGUUGAACUUCCUUUGGCAGCAAUAACUUCAACCAAACGUUUCCUGUAGUUGCAGAUCAGACGUGCACAACGGUCAGGCGUAAUUCUUGACCAUUCCUUUUUACAGAACAGUUUAAGUUCAGCAAUAUUCUUGGGAUGUCUGGUGUGAAUUGCUUUCUUGAGGUCAUGUCACAGCAUCUCAAUUGGGUUGAGGUCAGGACUCUGACUGGGCCACUUCAGAAGGCGUAUUUUCUUCUGUUUAAGCCAUUCUGUUGUUGACUUACUUCUAUGCUUUGGGUCAUUGUCCUGUUGCAACACCCAUCUUCUGUUGAGCUUCAGCUGGUAGACAGAUGGCCUUAAGUUCUCCUGCAAAAUGUCUUAAUAAACUUGGGAAUUAAUUUUUCCUUCAAUGAUAGCAAUCCGUCCAGACCCUGACGCAGCAAAGCAGCCCCAAACCAUAAUGCCCACACCACCAUACUUCACAGUUGGGAUGAGGUUUUGUUGUUGGUGUGCUGUGCCUUUUUUUUUCGCCACACAUAGUGUUGUGUGUUUCUUCCAAACAACUCAACUUUGGUUUCAUCUGUCCACAGAAUAUUUUGCCAGUACUGCUGUGGAACAUACAGGUGCCCUUGUGCAAACUGUAAACGUGCAGCAAUGUUUUGUUUGGACAGCAGUGGCUUCCUCUGUGGUAUCCUCCCAUGAAAUCCAUUCUUGUUUAGUGUUUUACGUAUUGUAGAUUCGCUAACCGGGAUCUUAGCAUUUGCCAGCGACUUUUGUAAGUCUUUAGCUGACACUCUAGGAUUCUUCUUCACCUCACUGAGCAGUCUGCGCUGUGCUCUUGCAGUCAUCUUUACAGGACGGCCACUCCUAGGGAGAGUAGCAGCAGUGCUGAGCUUUCUCCAUUUACAGACAAUUUGUCUUACCGUGGACUGAUGAACAGCAAGGCUUUUGGAGAUACUUUUCUAACCCUUUCCAGCUUUAUGCAAAUCAACAAUUCUUAAUUGUAGGUCUUCUGAGAGCUCUUUUGUGCGAGGCAUCAUUCACAUCAGGCAAUGCUUCUUGUGAAAAGCAAACCCAGAACUGGUGUGUGUUUUUUAUAGGGCAGGGCAGCUGUAACCAACACCUCCAAUCUCAUCUCAUUGAUUGGACUCCAGUUGGCUGACAUCUCACUCCAAUUAGCUCUUGGAGAUGUCAUUAGUCUAGGGGUUCACAUACUUUCUCCACCUGCACUGUGAAUGUUUACAUGGUGUGUUCAAUAAAAACAUGGCAACAUUUCAUUCUUUGUGUGUUAUUAGUUUAAGCAGACUGUGAUUGUCUAUUAUUGUGACUUAGAUGGUGAUCAGAUCACAUUUCAUGACCAAUUUGUGCAGAAAUCCAUAUCAUUCCAAAGGGUUCACAUACUUUUUCUUGCAACUGUAACUGUUUCAGACUGCCUAAUGUAGGUCCUGUGCAAAAAUGGCAUCUCUAAUUGUCCCUGCUUUAGUGGUAAGAUGUCACUCUGCUUAUUUUGCCGAUCAUGCACACUGCGCAUGUUUUUUUUUUUUUAUUUUUUUUUUUUAUACCAGUGGGGCCUAGUAAGAACUACACAACAAAACAAAUUAAGGCAAAAUAUAUAAUAAGAUUUGUGGUUUAAGUAACCCUUUAAAUUAUGUUGGAAUCUGCAUUCUCAAAUUCUAAUAGGUUCUCUUUGUUUUAAAAUGUACAUUUCAGUAAAGGUAUACUGUACAAUGUGUUCUAUUUUCACUAUUCAAUAUUUUAGGAUAGGGUGAAACCAUAACGGAAGCAAAAAUUCCGGUUAUAUUUUUUUGACAUAAUCCGUCAAAGUUUAUGAACUGUGGAAUCAGUAUUUCAUUAGGAUCAGGAUUUUUGAUUGGUGCUAACUUAGACGCACAAUAGCAAACGAUAUUGUACAAAAAUAUGUGUAUGUCUGUGUGUGUGUGUGUGUGUGUGUGUAUAUAUGCAAUAUAUAUGUGUAAUAUAUAUAUAUAUAUAUAUAUAUAUAUAUAUAUAUAUAUAUAUAUAUGUGUGUUUAAAAUGAAAUGAGGCAAAAAUGUGAUUCUUUGUUAAACUAAUUUGCGUAUGCCCACCCAGAAUCCUUUGCGGUUGUAACAUAACUGCAGAUUUGGGAUUUCUGUGCGAAAUGUGUGUGUGUGUAUAUAUAUAUAUUUUUUUUUUACUGUAAAUUUCAGUGCAGAAAUUAAUAUAAAUAAUAUUGAUGAUCAAUAAGGCAACACAUCUAAAACAUGCAGUAUAAAACCCAAUAGGCAAUCUUAUUUUAGAUAAAACAAUUAAGUAAGCAAACCAAAUACUUCACACCACGCAGCUAAACAAGUGUACAUUACACAAGUAUUUCUUUAAAACCCGCAGACGUAAAGGUGCGCUAUAGUCACCAGAACAAAUACAGCUUAAUGUAGUUCUUGUGUCUAAAGCAUGUCCCUGCAAGAUUUUUAAUGUCAAUGUUGCCUUUUCACUCACAUGGCCACUAAGAGGUGCUUCCUUUGUCUGUUCUGCACAGAUGUUCAAACCAGUCUGCAUAGGGAUGUUAAACACUCCCCAUUGAGAUGCAUUUAUUCAAUGCAUCUCUAUCAGGAAAUGCUGAUUGGCUCGGCUGGCUUAUGGGAAAGUAUUGGGAUGGCUGAGAUCGUCAGAUUUGAGUCAUGAUAAAAUGAUACACUUUUACAGUAGGAGAAGCGAAAUCACAUUCUUAAAGGAACAUUAAUGUCAGCAAUACACAAGUGUAUUUCUGACACUAUAGUUUUAAAAGCACAGUUCAGGUUUCCACCCUCACUUUUCUUUCUUUAAAAAAAAAAAAAAAAAAAAAAGUGAGGAUGGGAGCCUGAAUUCCUUUGUUAGAAAUUGCUAAUGGAAACAUUCCUUUUUCUUGCUUUCCCUCAUUAGGACAAUGAAGAUAAGUCCUUUAUUGGUGUUUAAAAAUGUUAUGCUGGGAACACAUGCUCAAGAUAAUAUAGAUGCAAUCAAUUGAUAGAAUAUUUGUGGUCAAUUUAGGACCGCAGUAGUAGUACAGAAUAUAUAGCAUGUUAUGUUAUCGAUCAUAUUUCUGUUGUAGAGAAUAUAUAUGAUAUAAACAAAGCAAUUUGACACACAUUCUUCAAUAAUGAAAUCCAUGUUAUUGCUAUAAAUACCUUUGCUUAUUCCUUUAAUGCUAGGUAUUAUGUUUUUAUCACAUCAAUUUUAAUAUAGAGUUCACUGGUAAAAAAAUGCUUCACCUCUUUAAAAAAAAAAAAAAAAAGGGGGGGGGGGGGAUUUUUUAAUUUAAAAAAAGAAAAAGAAUAUUCUGAUAAGGCAUGUGCCAUAUGUCUUAAAUUCCGGCUCCACUGUCAAUACACAGUUCUGAGACUGAGAUGUCAGCCGGCGGGGGAGACCUAUUGAGCAUGCGUGGCCGCCACCGGCAAAGAUCUAAUGCGCAUGUGCACCAAUGCAGCGCACGCGCAUUAGACCUCCCCAUAGGAAAGCAUUGAAAAUGCUUUCCUAUGAGGAUUUCAGCGAAGCUGGAGGUCCUCACAUAGCGUGAGGACAUCCAGCGACGCUAUAGCACAGAAAAUCUGUGCUAGAAACAGAAGUGCCCUCUAGUGGCUGUCUAGUAGGAGUUAACCCUGCAAGGUAAAUAUUGCAGUUUAUGAAAACUGCAAUAUUUACAGUUGCAGGGUUAAGGGUAGUGGGAGUUGGCACCCAGACCACUUCAAUGGGCAGAAGUGGUCUGGGUGCCUGGAGUGUCCCUUUCACAAUGAACUUUGUUUCACCUUACUAUAUAGUAUGAGUGCACGACUACAGAUAAGCUCGUGCUGUCAAAUGCUACUGGUUUUAAGAGGUUUAAAACAAAAAUGUGAAUUCUAUUGCUCCAUUAAGCACAGCUCUUUGUCAAAAAAUGUUAAAAUUUAGUUUUCACAUUAUCUCUACAAAUCCAUCCAACUUUACCAGCGAUAACCUGUAAUCACUGGUUGUGUUUUUUUUUUUUAAAUUAACUUUUCAGUUUGCAAGUACUGCAAAGCAUGUGAGGAAUACACCCCAUGUCAAUGAGGUUGUGGAUGACCAGGCAUUAUUGAAGAGGUACAGAAAGGAAAUUAUGGAUUUAAAGAAACAACUAGAACAGUUGGAGGUAAGAAUGUUGAUCAACGUCUGAAUUUAGAACUGCUGCUUUUUUGUGUGUUUUAAUUGGUGUGCUGUGUGUGUGUGUGUGUGUGUGUAUAUAUAUAUAUAUAUGUGUGUGUGUGUGUGUGUGUAUAUAUAUAAUUAUACACAUACUCACUCUAAAUUGUAGCAAAUUCUGAACUGCAUAUUUUAUUCAAAAAUAGUAGAUUUGCAGAAAUGAUUCAUCACUGUUAUAAUCUUAAUAUGCUUUCAUUAGCCUAAAUGGUACCAUUUAGAUUACAUUUCAAAGUAUAGUGGCAUGCCUUACAUGUGCAUGCCGUAUCAUAGUCGGUACCCUGGUACAAUCAUUAUGGGAAAAAAAGUGAUUGAUUAUAUUACACAGUAUUUACUUUUGCCUCAAUCACAAGAAUAUAAUUAAUUUUUAGUCCUCAGGGGGAGACUUUUCUCGUGAAUGCACAUCUGGACAUGGAUGCUUUAAAAGAAAUAAACCACUUAGUAAUCAAAAUAAAAACACAUCCCUCACCCUUAUUUACUGCUAAUUUGCUCCCACUGUUGGGGACCAUUAAAACUGACCUGCGCAAAUUGGAUAAACCCACUAUCUCUGGACUGGUCAAAUCAUUGUAUUAAAAAUAAAUGUACUGCCCAGAAUCCUUUAUCUCUUGAAAGCUCUUAUUAUAUACUUCUAAACUCAUUCUUCAUGAACUUCCACUCAUCCUGCAACAACUUUUUAUGAUUGGGCAGGCGAAGCCAGGCUUGAACACUCAGACCUGGCAUGACCGUGAAAUAGGGGGGAGGAGGAGUGGGGGUUAUUCUUCUCACAUGCACACCAGUACUAUACUGCUAACUAGGUUGCGGGAGUGGACCAUGUCAAACACCCUGAAACCAUGAAAAACCCUAGAAGCCAGUAGCAUGAUGGCCCCUCUAGACACCCUGCCCUGGUUUGACUCAAAGCUGUCUGAUUUCUGCCUACUGUGGCACCCAAGGAUACCCCACGAUGCACAUGUGGCAUAAAUGUAAAGGCCUUUUUUACGACCCUAAGAGAGAAUACUCCUCCACAUAGGCUGUCAUUGCCUCAUCAGGCCCAACUACAGACUUUGUUUUGGCACUACUUACACUUUGGACUUUGUUAAUUUCAGCUGCACUUUAGCCAGCUUUGGCGCAACCUUCUUCUGUUUUGUCUUGUAUGUUACCGAUGUAGCUUAGAGCCUGGGUGGCGGAUACAGCCGCAAAAUCGGUCCUCUGUGAACUUCCAUUGGAAAUACAAAAGCUGUUCAGGUCUCCUUUAAAGGGGAUCAUUAAACAGAUGUCUGAGAUGAAAAAAGCCCUUCCUCAUGACAAGAAAUUUUCUUGGAAGCUUGGUUAUAAAAGUUUCCAGUAUAGAAAUAGAAGAACCUACCAGGAUAGGCCUCGUUAUUUUCAAAAAAAGAGGAAAAAAUCUGAGGUUUGAGGAGAAAAAAAGGGGAUCUAUAUAAUCCAGCGUUUCUUCAAAAGAUUGAAAGAAACUACAAGCAAUCCAAGGAUUCUAAAUCUGGUAAAAAGUGGGUACCAAACCUGCCCAAACCAAAAUUCCUAAUUUCCCUUUAUCCACCCUCCCGAAAAUCAGAAGCUCUGUUUGCAGAAACGGUUGUGCUAUUAAAAAAAGCGGUCAUAGUAAAGGUUCCUGUGGACCCAGGAAUUCCAAGGGGUCUACUCAAGACUUUUCCUAAUCUCAAAACCAGAAGAGUCCUUUGGCCAAUCCUAGAUUUAAAAAAAAUGUGAGUUUCUUCCUUACCAAUGGUACAGAAUGGAAACGUUUACUUCCGUAACUCGGAUUCUGCGCAAAGGGGGUUUUAUGGUGUAGAUGGAUCUCAGGGAUGCUUAACUUCAUAUCCCUAUGGCAGUUACCUCAAGAAGAUUCCUGAGAUUUGCCAUUAAAAGGGGAAAAGAGAUUUUACAUUUCCAGUUCAAAGCCCUCCCCUUCAGUUUGUCAUCAGCCCCAAGAAUAUUUACAAAAGUUCUUACGCCCAUGAAAGCUUAUCUAAGGGAGUGGGGUGUCAAGCUCAUUCCCUACUUGGACGAUUGGCUGCUUAUAGCAAAUUCCAGAAGUUUGCUGUUGGAAAAAGUUCUGUACACAAUCCAAGUGCUUCAGGAACACUGUUGAAUACUGAACUUAAAGAAGUCGAUUCUACUUCCUUCAAGAAAAAUAGAAUUCCUGGGAUUUGAGAUGUUCAAGAAUGUAAUCUCUACAUCUGACUAUAGACAAAAGAAAGACAAUCUGGAAAAAAGUGUCUGAUUUACAGAAAAGAGACUACUCUAUUAGACAGACAGUGAGUGUUCUGGGAUAUCUAACAUCAUCAAUUCCCACAGUCAAAUGGACAAAAUCAGAAAUAAGGCCUCUUCAGUGGGAAAUCCUCUCUUCUUGAUCAAAAAGAGAGGAAGACUUAGAUUUGUAUCUCCAGAUAUCUCCUCAGGUGAAAGCUCGGUUAAACUGGUGGAAAACUUCGUUUCCUUUCGGCAGGUCUGACCUUCAGACCGAAAGAAUGGGUGGUCGUCACCACAGAUGCGUCAAACUCAGGCUGGGACGCUCAUCUAAAUUCUUUAAUGUGCCAAGAUAAUUGUAAUUGGUCCACAGAAGGCAAAAACAGGUCAACAAAUUACACAGAAUUGAAGGCAGUUCUUCACGCCCUUCACAUAUUAAGAUAUUGGAUUGAAAAGAGGCCCAUAAGAAUACAGUCAGACAACACGUUGUCUCUUACAUUAACAGACCAGGUGGCACCAGAGUGGAAAGUCUGUUUCAGCUCUGCACCGACAUUAUGUGCUGAGCUCAGGUUCACUUAGAAAACAUCUCUGUGGUCCACAUAAAGGGCGUCGACAAUGUCAUUGCAGACGACCUCCGCAGAGGGAAAUGGGAUCAGGAAGAGUGGUCUCUAAAGCCAAGGAUAUUCGAUGUUCUUAUAGAGGGAUUUGGAAUGCCAGUCAUAGACCUUAUGGCAAGAAGAGAGAGCACCAAGGUUCCCAAAUUUGCCUCCAUGUUCAGGACAGAUCAUCCUCAAUGGAUAGAUGGUCUAUAACUCCAAUGGGAUUUCUCCCUAGCGUAUUUUUCUUCCAAUAAAGCUGAUCCCAAGAACUCUUCAAAAGAUAACAGACAGGGCAGUGGUUCUAGCAAUCAUGACGUACUGGCCAAACAGGAGCUGGUUUUCAGACUUGAAGGAGAUUGCUUUCACAUACUGGGAACUUCCAAUCUCAAAAGCUCUGAUAGAAAACAGGGAGUUACCUGAAAGUUCUGCAGAUGUUCAGAUUGACGGCAUGGCUGUUGCAAGGCUAAUCCUUCGUCAUCAGGGUCUUCACCUUAAAGGACCACUAUAGUGCCAGGAAAACAAACUAUUUUUCCUGGCACUAUAGUACCCUGAGGGUGCCCCCACCCUCAGUGUCCCACUCCCGCUGAAGGGGGUUAAACACACUUUUUUUUUUAUUUUCUCUUUUUCCUUUUUUUUUUUUUUUUUUUCCUGUGCUGGGGACUCUCCUACCUUUUCUGAUGUCAUCGGUUGCAUUCAGCCAGUCCAUAGGAAAGCAUUCUCAAUACUUUCCUAUGAACGCUGGCAUCUUCUCACUGUGAAAAUCACAGUCAGAAGCGCCUCUAGCGGCUGUUAAUGAGACAGCCACUAGAGGCUGGAUUAACCGUAAAGUAAACAUAGCAGUUUCUCUGAAACUGCUAUGUUUACAGCAGGCAGGGUUAAUCCUAGAUGGACCUGGCACCCAGACCACUUCAUUGAGCUGAAGUGGUGUGGGUGCCUAUAGUGGUCCUUUAAAGUUGUACAUGAGAAUUUGGACACAAUUUCUACAUUGAUGUAAGGAUCAUCAAUGUCUUCAAGUAAAUCCUUCAUUUGAUUAUAUUUUACACUUCCUUCAGGAUGGGCUUCACACAGGUCUGGGUGUUUCGACUUUGGUAGUCCAACUAUCUGCCUUGAGUUUUUUUUUCUAGUGAAGGAUUUAGCAUUGCAUGUUCUAAUUAGGAGAUUCUUCAAAGCAGUAAGGCUUCUUAGACCACCCAGGAAGACAUAUUUUCCCUCCUGGGAUCCUUCUUCAGUCCUGCAAGCGCUCUGUGAAUCUAAUUUUGAACCUUUUAGAGAAGGUCCCAUUGAAAAAUCCAAUACUCAAGACUGCCUUCUUGGUGGCCAUCACCUCUGCCAAAAGAGUAGGUGAACUUCGGUCUCUUUCUUCAUCGGACAAAUUAAUUAUAUUCCAUCAAGAUAAGGUGGUGCUGCAUCUUUAGCCUUCAUACCUUCCGAAGGUUAUCGCUUCUGGAGCUAUUAAUCAGCCCAUCGUUUUACCUUCGUUCUGCAAUAAUGCCACCUCGCCGCAGGAACUAAAAUGGCAUAAAUUUGAUGUUAGAAGAACUCUAUAGAUCUACCUUUCAAGAACUGCUGAUCAUAGAAAAUCUGAUCACCUAUUUGUCAAUUUCAAAGGGAAAUUUAAAGCUGAUGUCCACAUCAUGGGCAGAAAAGGCUCUUGCUUCGCAUGAAGAAAUUUGCAAGGCGGCUUCCUGGUAAUCAUUCAACACCUUAAUCAGGCAUUACAGGCUAGAUGUAUUCUCAUCCUCUGAAGUUGCAUUUGGGCGUAAGGUGCCUCAAGCAGUUGUGGCAUAAUGCCCACCCAAUGGGAAUCUUGCUAUAUCCCACAGGUACUGCCAGAAAAACAGAAAUUUUUACUUACCAUAAAUUCUUUUUUUCUUAAUAUGGUGGCAGUAAAAUACCCCCCCCCCCCCCCUCUGAAUUAAAAAUGCACAUGCUUCAACUGAGGUGGGUUUGCCGGGGGAAGCCCUUUAUGGGAUAAAGGGAAGGGACUUUUAAUAAACUCCUCUCUUGUAGAUGCAUGUCCCAAUUAAGGAGGCACAACCCACAGGUACUGUCACCAUAUUAAGAAAAAAAGCAUUUACGCUAAGUAAAAGUUUAUCUGCACUAUUAAAUUGCUACCUGAGGGAUGCAUGCAUGUCAUAUACUAUUUAAAUGAUUAGACGUAAUUGUUGUACUAUCAUUUCAUACCUUGCCAAUUGUAUUACGAUAAUGUACUCUGUAUUCUUUAUUUCUACCGCCAUGCCUUUACAGCUGAAUAUGUACACAUUUUGUGCUUAAUAAACUAUGAAAAAGAAAUGAAACUGCUUUAUAACGGUCAGUUCACAGAAGUGAACAUCACUUUAAUUUCUUAAUCUCUCUAAUAUUUACUUUGUUUUAGGCAUCAUCUGGAGUUAGAACACAGGCAAUGGCCAAAGAAGAACAUACACAGCUUCUUGCAGAAAUACAACAACUUCAAAAUGAGAGGCAAAAUAGAAUAUGGAACCUGGCAAAUAUAAUUAUUGCUCCUUCUGAAGUGUGUGAACAAGAACGGGUUAGUUUUGCUUCUUUAUUUUAUUAAAGAAACCUUCACCAUAACAACUACAGAAUUAUGGUACCAGGAGUGACAUGGCACCCUUUUCAGGGUAAAUAAACUUACCUGGGAUUUGCCUGUCUCUUCCUUCUGAGAGGCCAGAAGCUCCUGCAAGGAGCCCUUGUUGGCUCCUAUGCGGUAAACCUUGCUGUCCAAUGCCAGCUCAUUGGUUGAGAUGGUCAACUGAGUGUUCUUAACCAGUGAGCUAAGCCUUGCUAGCCUGGACUUAGCUCAGUACAGGGAGCUUUCAGCUAGAGCGGGAACCCAACAAUCACCAGGUAAGUAGUCAAAUUGUUUUGAAGCGGUCAUGGUAGAAAACCACUAUAGAAGGCUAUAGUUGUUUUGAUACUUGGAGUGUUACUUUGAAAAAAAAUAAUUCUACACAUUGUUUUACAGUGUGUUUGUAUGCUAAAAUAAAUGCAGUAGUUUAGGUGGGUCUGAUUGUAUAUUUAUGAUACGUGAAAGAGGGUUAACUUUUUGUAUUAUACUUGUUUUGAUUUUAUUAUUUUGAGAAGGUGCUGCUAAAUUGUAAAAAAAUAUUUUGAUGCAAUAUAGGGGCACUUUCCAUAUAUUCUUAUGGAUUUUUGGAUACAUAUGUUAAAGGAAAAUCCUUUAUUUCCAACCUCAACAGUAUCUGCAUGCACAUCAAUGUCCACACAUUACAUAACCAUUACUUUUUUUCUCUUCUAAUGCCAUAUACUGUAAUAAUUUUUCCCUUAGAUUUCUUAAUUUAGUGCACUGUCCUUCUCUUUGGGUCUGCCUUUGUCCCCACAGUCCCUCUGGGUUCCCCCCACCCUUGUCUGUUUCAAUGUGAGCUUCACCGAGCAAACAUGCUUGAUGGGGUCAGAAAGCUUGCAAAAUAUCCCUCUUUUUUAACCAGUAUAUACUGGUAGAUGAUGCAUAAAAAAGUUAGUUUUUUUUUUUAUUAACAAUUAAUAAAAAUAAAAAGAUACUAACCAUAAAGUUCCUGCUGGUUCUGCUAACACUGUCCAAGCAGCAGGCAGACCCCUUCCAUUCCAUUAAUCAGCUCCUUUUCUAUGGGAUUUUUUUAAAUUUUUUUUUUAAUCCUGUAAAAGACUGACCAGCAGAGAAUUGUUCUAUAUUCAGUUUCUCCCAGCCAUAGUUCCUGUCAUCCCUAGGAUCAGUGGAAAUGCUGCAUAAAUAUGUAGCAGUUUCUUGACAGGUUUGGAUAGUCUUAAAACAUGGUUACUUAAUUAAUAUAAUUGUCGUAGUGAAGAUCAUCUAACUUCAGUGUCUCUGCUAUUUUCCACAAAGGAACUAAUCACUAACCAUCAUUAGCAGCUACUUUGAAAAUGUUAUCGUACUUUCCACUUUUACUGUUUUUAUUUUUUUAAAUAAAGAUAUUUUUUGUGUAUAGUUGUAAUUGAGGAAGGGUGUUCUUUUUUGUUGAGAUAAGAACAUAGUUGCUAGUGUGCUCACUGCUUAGCUUCCUAUAACAAUUCCUUGAAGGAACCACUUGUCUUAGUCUGACCUGCCAAUACAUGCUCCCAAAACAUUUGGGCAUACAAUGGUCAGGUAUACGUUGACAAACUGGUGCCACUGCAGUUCUCAUGAGUUUAACAAUUUAUCCCCAUCCUUUUUCCAAAAUUUGGGAACCAAAAUGUUUAGAAUGAUCUGCUUUUGUGGAUGUGGCAUUCCUGUCUUGGUUGACAACCUCUUUUCAUAUUUCUAAUUUUGUUGUUCUUAUCCUAAAUAGGCAAAACGAAAAAGACGUGUGACAUGGGCACCUGGAAAACUUAAAAAUAGUCUUGGUUCCUCUGGCUUUACCGACUUUGAUAUUUUUCCAAAGCUAUCAACCAACUUAAACAAGAAACCCAAGUUUUCUGACUUGACCCUACUGGCUGAAGUUGAUGAUUGUAUGUGUUCAUAUUUUAAGAUUUAUUUUAUUCUUGUCCACAAUCAAAAUUAACAAUAGUGGGGGAGGGAGAGAGUGGGUAUGCAUAUAAAGUACCACAUUGUGCAAAAAAAGAUACAUACAACAGCAAGCAUACUUUGCAAAUGUUGGUGAAAAUUGUCAGAGUUAUUCUCUAAAGUUAGAAUUGCUGGGAAUUCGAAAUAAGUUUCCAAUUUUAGGCUGUAAUAGCAGAACUAGAAGCAUAGUUGACAUGAUAUUUUUUCUAGUUCAGCAAUUAUGUCCUUAAAAUUUAAAUUCCCAAAAAUGUAUACUUAAGGGAAUAACCCUGACAUGACGACAACUACUGGAUAUCAUAUGAAACUAUUCAGUGAUCUAUAGAGUCUGUUUACAUGUCUUACUAAGGAAUCUUUUAACAAUUUAAUUUCAAGAUGUGUAUUAUUUUUGAACCUAGGUAUUUGUAGUUCAAAUAAACCUUGUGGUGAUCUGAUAGAAAGCUGCAGUUGUUGCUUAACUGAAUUUUGGGGCCAGACCUACAGUAAUCAAAAUAUAUUCUCUUGGUGUUGGGCUUUUCUUUAUCCAAUGAAUUCCUGGUAAGUUUCCUUUAUAUGUAUUUUUUUUCUUCCUAUCCAGCUAUUUGUACAGAGUUUUCAGAUUUUGAUGAAUUGGCACCCGAAACAGAUUGGAAUAUAAUGAGCAAAGUCACAUCUCGAGACAAGAGUGCUGCACAUUGUCAUUCUAUGAUGGAUUUCGAUUCUGAAGAGCAGUUUCCUGGCAGGUUUGUAUACUCUCAAAUCAUGGUUGCCUAAUCUAUGUCAUGAUGAUCAAUUAACUAUUUUCCACAUAGGAACUAAUCACUAACCAUCAUUAGCAAUUACAUUUCAAUAUUUUUAUUUUUUAAACAAUAACUUUUUUUGUGUGUGUGUGUAUAUAGUUAUUGGGGAAGGGUGUUCUUUUUCUGUGAGAACAUAUUUGCUACUGUGCCCACUACCUAGCUUCCUGUAACAUCACCAAUUCCUUGAAAGAACCACUUGUUUUAGUCUGACCUGCCAAUGCAUGCUCCCAAAGCAUGUAGGCAUAUAAUGGUCAGGUGUACUUUGACAAAUUGGUGCCACUACAGUUCCCUUGCUUUCUCUAUGAUCGAUGGGCUUAAAUUUGAAUCCAAACAGGCAACAAUACCGGCAAACCAGAAGCCUAUUAUAGUUGGGUUAGGUCAUCAUAGUAUUUUAAAGAACCACAACUUGUUUCCCCCUUUUAAUCAUAGGUAUAAAUCAAAAUUAUUACAUGCAUUCUUAAUCAGAAAUUAUGUGGACUGUGUCAUGUUAAUAUGGUAGUUUGUGUGCUCAAUGGAUAUUGUCUUGAUCAGAAUCUCUCUUUAUACAGCCACCAGUUUAAAGAUUCUUCACAACAAAAGUGUAAGGAAAUGGAACAGAAGAUUGCAGAUUUGGAAAGUCAAUUGAAAAAGGUGUCUCAGGAAUAUGAAACUGAGACUAAAGAGAGGCAAUCCUUUGCACAUGAAAUCACAAACCUGAAGGAGCAAUUGGAAACAAAAGAAGAGGAAAAGAAUAAUAUUGUGAAACUUCUUGAACACCAAAUAACCACUUUAGAAGGCCAACUUCAAACCAUCAUUCCUAAAAAUGAGUCAAUUAAAAAGCCUUCAAUUGAUGUGGAAGAGGAAAGCCCAGAAGAAAAUGACACCCAUGGAAACAAAAUAACUGUUUUGGAACUGAGCAGUCAUUCACUUGGAAACCUCUGUGAAGUGCAGGGAUACGAUGACAAAGACUUAAGCCAUAACCACAGUUUGUGCCAAGAACAAAUACAAAUGCUUGAGCAAAAGAUAAUUGACUUAGAACAAACAAUUGAAAAUCUUACAGUACAAAACAAACAAGAAGAUGAUGGAAAAGUGAGUACUUAUUUACUGUUUUUUGCAUUACGAGUAAACUUGGUGUUCACAAAGACUCAGUAAUUUAACAUGUGUGUUCAAAACAGGUGUUUCUAGACUUUGUAAUUUAGCUGACACAGUUCUGCUUUACAAAGCUAAUUGCUGAACAAAAUCGUAACCUUCUGUUAUGCAGACUUUCAGGAAAAAUGUGAUGCUGAUUAACUGGUACUAAAGUGCAAUACUUCAAUUGCCUGAAGGGGUGGGAUACUGUGCAAAAUGUUUUUAUUUAUUUAAACUACAGAAAUGUAAAACGCUCACCCGGUGUUACAACUUAUGCACAAAGUACUGGUAUUAUACAUUUUUAUAUACUAUAUUUUUUAACAGUUUUGUUACAUAUAUAUAUUUUACCCGCUGAGUGCUUGUGUUUUAAUGAUCUAACCUUACACCUGAGAAACAGUAUGCUUGGACAUACAAAGCAUUGUAAACCAAAAUAGUGCGUGCCUUGUGAAGUACAAAUGGAAAAUGUGAGCUCUACACAUAUAAUUCAAGUGGCUCUGUCCACCCCAUAAUGAGUAUUUCAUAAAGAAAAUUCAUUGAAAUUCCAACAGUCGAAAGGUAUACUGAAAUAAAGUAGGGACUGCUUUGUCUCAUCAUUUUUCCUCCGCUUGACAAAAGGAGUUACCUUUUGUCAUUUGCUCCAGCCAUUACCUGUGACUGCUGUAGGGCAACAUAAGCUUUAUCUGUGGAGGGUUUUGCAGGAUCCUCCAUAGACCUAAGUGCUGUACUCUUGUUUAUGUGCAAGAUUGCAGUGCUGGUAAACAGAAGCCACGUUUGCAAGGGACAGCUUUAGGUAAGUAUAACCUACCUGCCCCCCAUGACAAUCAAGGAGACUUUGCACAUUAUGUGACGAAGCCACUUUAAAAUGGGUUUUAAAAUUUACAGCAAAAUGAGUCAGUCAGGGCCCACCUAAAAACUAUAAGUUGCUUAAUGUUAACAUUGAGUCUUGCAUAUAUUUGUAUGCUUUCUUGACAUGUGCUGUUAGAUUACAGAAAAAUUAAUGUCUCCCAAAUCCUCUUCGUGUGCUUGUAAAAAUGUUUAUCCUUUUUUUUUUUUUUUUUAAAUCUAAUCUCUGUUUUUGUUGCUCUUAGGCUCAUACACAAGAUUUAAUGGAAACUAUUCAGCUCUGUGAAGCUCUUAUGACAGAGAAAGUAAGUUAUAAAAAAACUUAAUCUUACUUUUUGUAGUUUGUUUUGAUUUGUAACUGUUUUUUUUUUUCGUUUUGUUUUUUUAGGGAAAUGCUCAACACGAAGUGACUGUCAUGCGCAGUAACUUUGACAGUAUAAUACUAGAAAAUGAAACCCUUAAAAGAGAGAUUGCAGAUCUGGAACGACAGCUUAAUGAGAAGACAGAGACAAGUGAAUUUGAAGAACUAGAGAAAGAAACGCAGAAAGAGCAUGAGGUAAAUUCUGCUGUUCAUGGAACUCUGGAAAAAAAUGCUAUUAGUUUUGUUGCAGUUGGUUAAAUAUGGUCAGUUUAUUUUAUCCUUGAUUACAUGUAAUAAUGUGCAUGAAAACCGCUAUUUCAUGUUUCUUUAUUUCCUGUCAUGAGUGGGUUUUCUUAAAACACACGCACACACACCUCUUGACAACCUAGCACAUUCUUGUCCACCUGAUACAAAUACUAAUGUCAUAUAUACCAUGUCUGAGACUGUGUGCACAUAUUCUUUUAAGGUAGUUUAUGGACAUUUUCCUAUUUUAAACCUUUACAUGUAAAUUAGAUUAAUCCAUGCAAUUCCAUAUAGGGGCACAUGUACAGCACUGUUAAAGAAAUGCUUGAAAGUUCAUGAACUUAUAUCGCAUUUCUAAGGAUGCAUGAGAACACAUAAGACGCACAUAAAGCACAUUAAUUCGCUGAAGUUGAAGAGUGUGUCCUUUUUGUAAAAUAAAAAAAAUUUCAAUAGAAAUUAGCACAUUUAUGGAUUAACCUUUUUACACCUGCCUGGCUGUCAUACAAUGGAGUUAGUUGCCCACAACAUCAAACUUGGCUUAAGUAAGCUUUUUAACAUAUUGACCCAAAUAAAUGCAGAAUUGUUUUACUGUCGUAGGGAGCAAUAAACUGUCUCUUGGAGGAGUGAUUGGUCCAUUUUAGUUGAAAUAACCAAAAACAUGGCUAAGGAAAUGGAAUACUGAAAUUUUAGGCCUGUAUAUUCAGUACACAAAAACCCUCCCACUGUGAAAUUAAAUUAGAAUAUUCCAAUAAUCAUAUUACUGUUUGUGUAGGAUGGUUUAUAAGCCAACAUUUUAUUUGCUUUAAAAAAAAAAAAAAAAAAAAAAUCCCUGAAAACCAGUGGUCUGUUGAUACACGGCCUAGAUUAAAAUAAGGCCUUAGCAUAAUUCUCUAUUGACAGUCAAUCCUUUCACUCCUCUUGUACCUCUUUAUCAUUUCGAACUUCUUUUAUAAAGAAAUAUAAUUUCUGAUGUGCAUACCAUCACUAUUACCAGCAGACGAGUACACGUGGGAGUCAUUAUUUACUUUUUAUAUGUACAUUUGGGGCUAACAGCAGAUAACUUGCUUGUUGUAUGGUAUCAUUUGUAUGUAAACACAGCUGACUGGCUGGACAGUCUCACACCAUAUAUACACCCAAAAAAGUAACGUGCUAAUGUUUUGUUUACAUUUAAACUCUGAUCAUCAGUAAGUAAAACAGAAUGUAUAAUUUCAUCUGAAACGAUGUGUUGACUGAAGUGCAUGUUUCACUAUUACUUUAGAUAAUCUAAAGGUUGUGAAUGGUAAAUGAAAGUGUUUUCUCUAGAUCUAACCUAAGCUGAUAUAUAGGCUACUUUGAGAAUGAAUGUAUGAAAAAAACAUUAAACAAGGAAUUUUAAUGGAGAUGUGAACAGGAUUUUCAGUGAGAAAUCUUUGAGGAUUGGUAGAGUAUUUUACAUCGACUGUAACAUAGGUUGUCAAUCUCAGAAUUUGCUGCAUAUGUUUUAUAAAUAUAAUAUUGAACUGCUUGCUACAUUCUGUGUUUGUUUAUUUUAUAAAUGGUUAUCCACCUAGUGUAAUUUGUGUGUGCUCUGACUACUGGGUUUGCCAAAUUCUUGCACAUUACUUGAUGUUAAUAAAAAAUAUUACAUUGAUUUGCAAUGUUGGCUGGAGUUGUGAAAAAUUAAUUUUAUGAAUUAUAAAUUUCUAGCAGGUUUGCGAUGUAUAUCUUACAUUUUCAAUAUUUAUAAUUGAUAGUGUGUGCAGAAAUAAGGCAUGUUUAAUUUCGUUUUGGUGGCUUAUUUGUUGUCUGAUCUGUCAACACAUUCUCUUAUCCCUCUUUUUGGUGAUGGCUGUUGAAUCAGUAGAAAUGCUUGCUAAUUCUCCUUGCACUAUUACUUAAUUGCUUUCCAGGCACAACUAAUGCAUGAAAUUGUCAGCUUAAAGAAGGUAGUUGAGAAUGCAGAGGUGUACAAUCAAGACCUCGAGGUGAGCUUUUGGGGUAUUUAACAUAUAUUUUCUUGCUAUUUGCUCACCUCUACAUGUCUGUGCCUUCAGUAACUAUUAAAUAAUUUAGUGGUUUGUUUGAUAUAUAUUUUUUUCUACAGCAUAUGCCGUUCAGCAUCUCCACAGUCUGCAUUGGGACUCUGAAUUUUCCUCAGAGAUGCAUUGAUCCAAUGCAUCUCUAUGAGAAGGUGCUGAUUGGCCAAAACAGCAUUUGGCACAGCCUCCUUGCCGAUUUUAACCAAUGCUUUCCCAAUGGGAAAGCAUUGGAUUUGCUAAAAAUCUGCAAUUCUGUUGUCACCAAGGGGGCGGGGCCAGUGCCGUCAGACCUGCGUGGUCCUGGAAAUCAGGUAUGUUUUAAUUCCUUGCAAGGGGGUGGGUUUAGCACAAUAGGGUUAGAAAUACAUGUUUGUGUUCCUGACCCUAUAGUGUUCCUUUAAUUUCUAAAUGGCAGAGAAUUGAGCAGUGAAAAUUCAGAGACCUGAUCUAUACAUGAAAACUACUUCAAUAAUCUAAAGUUGUUUUGGUGGUUAUAGUGUCCCUACAAAAAUAAAUUUAGUCCAAGUGAAAACAAUUAUUUAAUUUACUAAAUAUUUAAUAAAUAAAAAAAAAUAUAUGAAAACAAAAUAGAGGACCCGAGAAUGGGGAAUAAACAUGCCACCCAGGAGGGGUGAGAAAAUCAAUUUAUAUAAUUUAUAUAUGUUUUUAUUUUUCUUUUGCUCUCCCUUGUUGUGAGGAUAUGUUAAGUAAUUUGCAUGGCAAUUUUAUAAAUUCUCACCACCCCAAGAAUUUAGCACACUGAUAUCUGUUUACAUUGCAGACUGAAUUAGAAACUAGGUCAAAUCUUCUGAAAGAGCAAGAAAAGGAAAUCAUUGAACUAAAGAAAAAUGUAGACAACUUGCAGAAGAAAAUGAGAAACAUGGAUCUAUGUGCCUCCAUGGUGAGACCUGCUGAAAGAACAACUUGUCCAUAACUCUUACCUUAUUCUCAAAGAGCCUACAGUAUUGGAUAAUGUUAAUCUGCUUAUGGUUUAUUACAGGGUGACACUGAUAAUUUGUGUGAAGAAGUGUUUCAGCUGAAGCAAUCCCUUAGUGAUGCAGAAGCUGUGACUCGAGAUGCUCAGAAAGAAUCUGCAUUCCUUAAAAGUGAAAACAGAGAGCUAAAAGAAAAAAUGGUAAGUAUUCACAUUUUGGGGGUGGGGGGGGAAGUUGUGUAUUGUGUAAACUUACAUUGUAUAUAUGGAUUUCAAAAAUAUGGUGCACUCAGUUAUUCCAAAGUGAAAAUAUUUAUUUUCAAAUAAACAAAAUGUCUGUCCGCUUCGACUAGUUAGGGUCUCUUUCGUGUUUGUGUGUGUCUCUCGCCCUCUCCUUACAAAAAAGCCCACCAUGUAUUUUCAGCAGACAUGAAAGGGACACUAAUGGGACCCUGACCACUGCAUCACAAUGAUGUUGUCUUAGUGCAGUACCCCUGCCGUUUGAACCCUACAAUGUAGUAAAACAUUGACAUUUUGUAGGAACAGCAAUAUUUUUAUUGCAGGGUAAAAUACACCUGUACUGAGAAGGUGGUCAUUAGAGACACUUUACAUAUGAGAUGAUUCAGACUUUGCUUUUUUUUUUUUUUUUUUUAAAUAGUAUUUGUUAAAUUCUUCAAUCUUGAUAUCAGGCAGGGAGACAGCAUGGCUAUAAGGUAAGUAAAAAAAAAUUUUUUUUUUUUUUUUUUUUUUUUAUUUUUUUUUAUUUUUUUUUAUCGUGCAGGUUGGUACAUGAUAUUUAACAGCGCCACAACAGCGUACAUGCAGACAUACACUUUAAACAAUGGCAUAGGAGCUUGCACAUUUUUGUAUAAGUUUAAGCUGAGCAAUGUUAGUACAACACGCAAUUGAGGCAUGGAGUCGGCAAUGCUGGGUUAAAGAGCGGGUUUUGUGCAUGCGGGUAACCAUAUGUUUUUGGUUCUUAAUUGCAAAAGUGGGUUCACCUAAAUAGUUACCAAGACACUAUAGCAUUAGGAAUACAUGUUUGUUCCUUUUAAGGGCAUGAAUAAUAUAUCCUCCUUCAGAGAGACUUCUUAGACUCUAAUCUUUUCAUCAAGAUGUUGUGGUAGUUCUAUAAAAUCUGUUUAUCAGAAGUUCCUGAAGGUAUGCUGCACUUUAAUGCUAUUCUUGGAACUCUUGCUCAUCACCUAUAGUUUUUUUCCUUACAGGAGAAAAUGUCAAGUCAUUGCCAGCAAAGAGAAAAUGAUGCUUCUUCAUAUGAAAAGCAGUUGGAAUCUGAAAAGUCAAAGUUCAAACAAAUGCAAGCAGAUCUACAGAAAGAGUUGCAGUGUGCAUUCAAUGAAAUUAACCAGCUAACUGGACUUAUGGCUGGAAAAGUACCUAAAGGUUUGUAGCUUUAAUUUAUUCCUGAACUCUUUACUUUUGUUGUUCAAUUCUUCUCUUCCUUCAGCCAGACACUUUGUUCUCUUUCUGAUAAAUAUUUUUUUCUCACUCUUAAAAUGAGUGAGAAAAAAUAGUGCAGGUAAUUUGAUUCACUAUUUAAUUUUAUUUUUAUUUUUUUUAAUUCUUUAAUUUUUGGUGCAUUUAUUUAAUACAGAUGCUUGUUGUGCCACAACAGCAAUAACAAGAGUGAGGAACAGCGUUUAACAGGCUUAUGGCAUAGCGAAGUACUGCACACAUUUUUAAGGUUAAGUAAAGUAGCAGGGUCACAUGCUUAUCCAACAUAUCUCAAGUAUGUGUAAAGAGUCGUCGUCGCUAGUAAUCUAGACAUAUUGGUAAUCUUGCUUACUUAGGUUGAAUAACAGGCUUUUAAACUAGGCAAAUGCUUGUGAAGCUAAGAGUAUAUCGUGCACUAUGCUCGUUAGACUAGACAGCAGGGUGGCUACACUAUUUAAUUUUUAUUCUGUGAUUUGAAGGGGCCAUGAUGCAUGGAAUCUGUAUGUUCAGCGUUGCGUUUUGAUUAUAUGCUGUAGUGCCCCUGUUUCUUUAGGUUGCUCCACCACAACCACAUUGGUGAAUAAAGGCUUAAAACUCUUUUUGUUAACUUACCUCUUUCCAGGGCUGAGGUUCUCUUGGCGCUGGCUUAGUCUUCUCCUCUUGAGCCAUCAUGCCAAUAGGGAAAUCUAAUGCUCAUGCACUGCAAGCACCACGGGCAUUAGAGCUUCCCCAUAGGAAAUAAUUAAAUCAAUGUUUUCGUAUGGUGAAUUUGAAGAUGUUUGAUGUACUCAUGGAAAGCAUUUACGUAUCUUUAAUCAAUCGCCAUGCUAUUUUUACCAUGGUUGUCCCCAGCUUCACAUCUGAGAUCUUACACUUGAUGAUCUCCGUCAAUACAAAGCUUUCCUAUAGGGAAGCAUUGGGAGAUUACUGCUCUAUGCUACCAUCUGAUGGAAUAACACUGACUAUCAUGAAGACAGCCGCUACAGGUGUAUUUUUAAACCUGCAAUGUAAACAAAAUGACAAUAUUUUACGUGAAUGGAUUAAAAUAACAGGACAAUUGCACUCAGAGAGGACGUUAUCUGGGUGACUUCAGUGGUCCUUUAAGCAUAUUAUUAGUUAAGCAGCAAAGCUUUUUUUCUAUUAUUAUGAGUGUAACGGAUCGCCUGGCACCCCGACUGGGUACCUCCGUUGAAGGAUGCUCCUAGCGCUUCCUGAGGACUCCAAGCACUCUGGCAGACACCACAAUCACCGAACCAGAGAAACAAAUUCUCCCAAGCAUAUGAAUGCUGUAGACCAUUGAAUAGAAACCAUACGAAUAGGUUUACUCUCCUAGCAGUCAAACUGGAACAGCAUACAAUAAAUCCUUCCCCCAAUAAUGAGACGACACUUCACUUUGAGGGUUAAAACAGGAACUCCUGUACUGUCACAUACAGUCUCUUUUAUUCCCAAUCCACAAACAUAGUACAGCCCACAGGGCGUUACAAAACAACCAAUCAAUCCGUACAAUACACCCAGACACUCCCACACAAAAUCCUCCCCUCUGCCUGUGAUAUGAUUACUGAACACAAUGGGUAAUCUCAUUAUCACUGGCAGAGGAAUACAGUUUUUACACAAUAUUUAUAACUUCUAAAAUAUACAUAUUACAAACAUAAAACAUACAUUUUCAUAAUCAAUCCAUUCAGGGGAUCAACAUAUUAAAAAAUGGCACGAAUCAGACCAGGGGUUCAAAAGUUAAGGGAAAGUCCUUUGUGACUAAAUGAAGCAUGGCUUUCCGGCCCAAACCAGUUUCAGAGUCUUCUAUCCUGCAGAUUGAAUUGAGAAGUAAUUCAAUUAUCUCCCAGGACAGACACAAGACUCCAUUAUGCACAUGGUGAGCACAAAGCAUUAAAAUAUUAUAAAAUACACAAAGUCACAUUUUAUACAUAAAACACAGACAUGUCACAUAUCCCCAGAUAGCUGGGAUCUGAGCGCACAAAACUACCGAAUAGCGCUCAGAUCCUGUUCACACAUUUCAAUUGCCGUGGAGCCGAAGUCUUUAACUACACGAAUGGGCUCCAUGGCAUAGCUAUCUGGGUUAACACAUUCACAUAAAGUCUGGUCCAUAGUCCAAAGGCAAGAGGCGGGCAAGCAGCCCCCUCCAAGGACACGUGGCGAGGUCGGUUUCGCCACAAUGAGUUUAAAAAUAAAAACUUUUUCUAAUUUCAAAUGUGAAAUUGUAGUCGGCAAAUACUGCACUACAGUAAUACAUUUACCAAACUAUAUGCACAAACAAAAUAAAUAUAUAUAUAUAUAUAUAUAUAUAUAUAUAUAUAUAUAUAUAUAUAUAUAUAUAUAUAUAUAUAUAUAUAUAUAUAUAUAUAUAUAAUAUUUUUAUUUUUUUUUACCAGUACUCAAAGCUUGCACUCUAUCACUGGCAUACCAUUUAAAAAAAAAAAAACAGUGCAUAGUUCCUCUAAUGAUUUGGAGUAGUAACAUGCCUUUCUUUUGCUUGGCAGAUCUGCUAACUCGUGUGGAAUUGGAGAAGGAAAUAAGUAAUUACUCAAAACAAUUGGCGAAAAUCAUGGAAGAAAAAACUAUUUUGGAAAAAGAAGUUGCUUGUUUGUCAGAAUACAAAUAUUUGCCGAGUGAAAUUGAACAUCUAAAACAUCAGGUGCCUGCUUGAUUCAUAGAACUAAAAAUACUAUAUUUUUUUAUAACACUGUUUGAAUCUUUACAUUGUUAAACUGUCCCCAUUCUCUUUCUAGUUAAGCCAAACUUCUGAAGAGUUAGAUUUGUUAAAAAGCGAAAGAGAGCAGCAUUCAAGUAUAAUCUGCAAACAUGAACAUGCUUUACAAGAGCAAACCUUGCAAAUUACGACUUUGACUGAUGAGAUCACAUGUGUGCAGUCAAAGUUAUCUGAAGCUGAAAAGCAGCACUCUGAGCUAAAAAGAGUGCAUUCGGAACUUGAAGAAAAAUACAUGUCCGCUACACAGGAGCUAGUGCAGAAACAAAAUGAAUCUGAAUGUUUACUUAAAGAAAUAGAACAGCACCAAUGCACCAUUGAUGGUUUGGAACAAAAGGUAUUUAUCUGUCAAUGCAGUUUUUGUGGUCCAUUUCUCCCCCCUAUUUUCCCUGUUUUGAAAAUAAAUCUGUUUUCCAUGCCUAGCUCUCCACUGUAGCUGAAGAAUUUGCCCAAGCUGAAAGGGACAAAGAACAACUUAUUAGUCAACAGGAAGUGCUCAUUCAAGCUGAACAGAAUGCUAAACAUUGGCAACAAGCUGCUCCUUCAACAGAAGAAAAAGACAGCCAGGUUACAAUUCCGCUCCAUAGUUUAGAUGAAGUCACAGCUCUUCUUAAAGAAAGGGAUGAUGUGCAAAAGACGAUAGAAAUGGAAAGGGAUGAUCUAAAAGAACAAGUAAGUAGUCCUAGUCCUUGUGCACCGAAAUUACUUUAAAAAAAUUUGGGAUUCUAAUUUUUUUUUUCAUUAGUAGUCCUAAACCUUUUUUAUGAGAACCUAUAUAUUUUUUUUUUUUUUUUGGUUCUCUCUGCAAUUUGUGGUUCUUGUUUUCAAAAUGAAGGUGCUACAAGCUUGUAUAUCCAUCUACACUCUCUUUGCCUUAUGACUUUGUUAAAAUCACCACGUCUCUGUUCACGUUUCACCAGUUCCAAGCCACAGAAUCUUAAGCCUUUGGAGUCCCCCCUGUGGUGUUUGUUUGGAUGGCUGGUGUCUCAAGGCGAUUUAUUUAUUUUGGGAGAUCUUACAUGUUCCUUAAUUCUUUAUUUAAAGGGGCGAAAGGUUUUGCCCACGUGUCUCAAACUGCAACUGAAGGUCAGCAAAUCUAUCAACCAUCCCUGCAGUAUUGCAAUUGAAAAAAUUUUAAAUCUUGAAGGUUUACUGUCCCUCCGCUAUCAGUCACAAUUUUAGAAUCUCAUUGAAUGAAUUUACAAGCAACGCAUCUCCCGCAUCCAUAGGUGCCACAAGGGGGAUUUUCCAACCAUGUGCCUGAUGGUUGUGGUUUUGGUUGAAAUUGACUCUGAACAAGUAUAUCUCUGAUAUUACAGCCUCUUUGUGCCGGAAUGUCAACAUUUGGACCAAGUACCUCUUUGAGAUGAACUUCAUUAAGUAAAAUUGGCCAAAAUCUAUGCAAGGACUUCUUCACAUCCUGCCAACCUGAAUCAUACAUAUUUUUGGUGUUUUCCCUCACAGAAUAGUCUAUCAGCCUCCAAUGCCCUCCUCUAUGCCCUUUUCAGGCAUCUGUUAGGGUAUCCUUUCUCUCGGAACUGCUGUCUGAGUGUAUUAGCUUUUACCUUAAAGUCAGAAAUAUUACUGCGUUCCUGUGUAUCCUUAGAUACUGCUCAAUGGGUAUCCCCUGUUUUUAAAGGUCUCGAGUGGAAACUGUUGCAUUAUAAGAGGGGAUUGGAGGCCAAAGGUUUCUUAAAAAGUGUAGUUUGGAGUGAACCCUCAUCCGUGAUGGAGUUAGUAAAGUCCAAGAAAUUAAGAAAGCGCCUGCCAAACUCUGGUGUAAAUUUGAGGUUUUCAUUAUUUACAUUCAGAAUGGAAACGAGAUAAUUAAACUCUUCUGUGGUACCUUGCCAUACAACUAGGAUGUAGUCUGUAUACCGACGCCAGAGAUGUAUCUUAGUAAGAUAUUGUGCCACAGUGUCUGAAAUCCUAAGCUGUUCUUCCCCAGGUGGAGGUUAGUGUAUGAGGGGGCACAAGCUGUCCCCAUCACAGUACCUCUCACCUGGUGGUAGAAUUUAUGGAACAGAAAGUAGUUAUGUGACAAGAUAAACCACAGGAGUCUCAGUGCAAAUGUUGUGUCUGGUGUUCCGGACCCCUCUGGUCUCAAAAGAACCUUGCAUGUGCAAUCCCUUUGUCAUGCGGGAUGAAUGAAUAUAAUGAUUCUACAUCCAAACUUCAUAGAUUGGCUGUCUUAGGUAUUUUGAGAUUAGAAAGAGUAAGUGCCUGCUUGGUAUCCCUAAUGUAAGAGGGAAGGUGUUCUACAAAUGGUCUCAGAAUUUUAUCUAUGUAGAGAGUACCAUUCUGAAUCAGGCUGUCCUCACCCGAGACAAUAGGGCGACCUGGUGGAUUUGUGAACUUUUGGCAGGCAGUAAAAGGUUACCUAGGGUGACGAUUCAAGAUAAACUUGUAUUUGUCAUCCGAUGGCAAACCUUCACUGCGGCCAUCGUCCAGAAUCGCCUUAUACCUCUGUAAGAACUAAUUUGUAGGGUUGUUUUUUUAGGUUUCAGUGUCGCUUAGUACUUUUUGGACCAUAUUAAUAGUCAUUAGAGUUCAUCGGUACUAUGCUGCGCCCCCCUCCCCUUAUCAGCCGGCUUACUGAUCAGAUCGUCAUCCUCUGUGUGAUCUUAGUGCCGGUUGUUCAUUCUUUGAGAGAUUGUCAUUCGGGGUGGAAUUCAAGAGAUUUUACAUUGGUCUAUUCAAUCUCACUCUUGACUGCUUCUAGGAAAAGAUCAAUGUUCCUAAAACUGCCAUGGUUGGGGGUAAAGCAAUAUUGUGGUUAUACACUCAAACUUCUUAUAGAUGAGGCCUAAAGCUCUCGCUUUCUUCUCCAUGCGUAAUGUGUGGAACUUGUGUAAAGCAAGUUUACGCACAAAGUUAGAUCGGUUACAACCUAGAUUUGAUUUAUAGGUGGUUAAAUAGGUCUCAGAAGUCCCUUCUUCACAUGUCCUGCCAUUCACACCUUUUUAUCCUUAUGGGACAGAGUUAGGCAGAUGUUCACUUUGGCCUCUAAUCCCUUUCCUUUCACAACUGUAAUGAGAAAUAGGGAUUGCUGGCAUACAACUACCUAUAUUUAUAGGAGACAUCAUGACAUUCAGAGAUUACUUUCAAUAUGUUCCAUUAUGGCAUUUUGCACAAGAGAACUGGGUUAAACAAGCUGCUGAUUCAGCAUUAACUCCAAAUAAAGCCCUCUGUUUACAUGAGACCUAUCAGGUUUUAUAUCAUAGAUUUAUAACUAUACCUCUUCUAACUCUUUUAAAUGAGGUCUUCAUGUGAUAUGUCUGUCAAUAAAAGCAGGAUAUAGGAGGGGAGUUAAAUGAGGACUCUUGGUGAACUUCUGGGAGGCAGUCAUCAGGGUCUCCAUUUGCAUUAUUUCCCAGGAACAAAUGUAUAAAAUCUUGUUUCAGUGGGGAAAACACACUUUAUCAGCUGUUGGCAACAAUGCAGCCCGCGUGGCACAUACCUUUAGAUGUGGUGUUUCUUUUUGGGAGAUGAUGAGGGAUCUAUUGGCAGCUGUCUUACAGAGCUCUUGAAUAAGAUUAUUUGUAUUAUUUGCAAUUGUUUAUAAUACAGAAACAAAAGUGAUGUCUUAAAUGUCAGAAAAUGUAGCAACGAGAUUGCAGACUGCAGGGGCAUGAUAUGUACACUUAAAUUUCUUUCUUCUGCUAAAGUUGUUUUUAUGCCUAUGGUAUCCCUUUAAAGGGACACUAUAGUCACCAGAACAACUACAGAUUAUUGCAUUUGUUCUGGUGAGGAGAAUCAUUACAUUCAGACUUUUUCCUGUAAACACUGUGUUCUCAGAGAAAAUGCAGUGUUUACAUUACAGCUUAGUGAUAACUUCACUGGCCACUCCUUAGUUGGCUGUUAGAGAUCCUUCCUGUGUCAUGGCUGCCUAAAAGGCAUCCAAACAUUCAGUGUCUCCUCUCUCUGCAUGCAGACACAAAACUUUCCUCAUAGAUAUUCAGUUUAUCUCUAUGAGGAGAUGCUGAUUGGCCAGGACUGUUUGAAUUGUGCUGACUCUUACCUUGUUCUGCCUCUUUGUCAGCCUCAGCCAGUCCUAUGGGGAAGCAUUGUGAUUGUAUCAGGCUACCACUUGUGAUUAUGUCAGCAGACAGUGGGCAGGUCUAAAGGAAACAGUGACAAAAUAAGCAGCUCCAGAUUUGAAUACAAGUAAGAUUUUACUAUACCUAGGGAGGCAUGAGGGGAACAGGGUGACUAGAUGGUGGUUUUAAACCCUAUAGGGUCAGGAAUACAUGUUUGUGUUUCUGACCCUAUAGUGCUCAUUUAAGUUCUUUGCUAAACACAAGUUAAAAUCCUUUAGCCACGAACAUUAUGUUCAUGCAAUCGUACAGUGACUGCCUCUUUACCAACUAGUGGGUCUUCUAAUGGAAACCAGUCGUUGUUGGCUGGCAUAGGACUGUUGGGCAGCAAGAAUGACUUGCAGCUAACCUAACUAAAGCUUUGUUUUGCAGUGGGAUUGGAGAGAACUUUGGCAGUGUUAACCUAUCUGUUUUAUAAAUAAUUAUUUUUUCUACUAACAAAGCAAAGGUUCAUCUCUUUAAAAAAAAAAAAAAAAGCAUGCCGUUUAAAAGUUUAUUUUUGUAUUUUAGUUGUCUUUACAAGGUGAAAUCCUCCAAGAUCAAGCAAAUGUCUUUCAAAAAGAAGUAGAAACAUAUAAAGAACUACAACAAGAUCUGAGUGCUGAAAUUGAACAGCUCAAGAGUUGUUUAAAAGAAAACCAGCAAUCCCUGGAUGUCAUGCAAGUAGAAAAGUCUGAAGUUUAUCAGAAACUCAGAGAUGUUCAGAAGCAGUUGGAAGUUGUUGACCAGGAGAGAAGUAAACUUCUUUCUUCAAUAGAUGAUCUUAAAGCUGAGAGAGAUGAUCUAAGAAGUGACUUAAAUGAGAAUAUUGAAUUGGUAAGUAUCCAAAUGUGCAUUUUGACAUAGAACACUUUUUGCUUAUGAUUCAAAUGUAAUAGUGUUUCUAUGUUACUUUUGUUUUGUACAUUUAAAUUGUCUUAAGUUUACAAUGGGAUUCAUACUGGAAACACAUAAUUAUGUGCCAGUUUUAAUUUGUCACACUUAUUUACCCUACUUUAGCUGUAAAAAUGCUGAGAGCUAAUGACAUGGCUUUCUAAGCCGGUGUUAACAUGAAAUUGUGGUGGUGGCUGUUAAACUAGGAUGGUUAGUGCUGAUCAUUCCAUUCCAAUUAUGUUUGGUACUAUCCAUGUGUAAUUAAUUUGGCAGUGGGUUAUGGCAAGAUAACAAUUGAUUUGAGUUUCUCUUUAAGUUUUUAGUUUGGGGGAUAUGUUUUUUUUUUUUUAAUGUUUUCCAUGUGUUCUUGUUAAAAUACAAAGUCCAUUGAAACGCAAGAUGAGUUAAGAACAACUCAGCAAGAACUCAAACAGCAGAAGAAACUUGUUGGCGACUUAAGAAAGCAACUUGAAGAAACCACUACAACAUCUAAGUUCUGCCAGGACCCUAACCUAGGACAAGAGGUUAGUAAAACAUUCAACUAUAUUUCCAUUUAAACUAUACUGGAAAUUAUACAGUAUAUGUUCAAUUGCCAUCUGCCCCACUUAUUACCAGCCAAAAUUUAAAGUAGCACUGUCAUUGUCUGGGGACAUUGCAGAAUUUGCAAAGACUUUGGAUGGUGACAUCGCCACUUGAGGCCCAGUGGCUGGGAAUGCAGGUAAAGUGAGUUCUACUUGCCUAAACCUGACCCUCAUGAGCACGGCCAUCUUCUGACGGCGGGGCAUCCUAAGCACAAGAAGCCAACAUCACUGAUAUAGUCUCGCAAGAUUACACUGUUGAGGCCGAUGGAGCAUCCCACAAGACUCCAAAAUUCUCCUCUGACAGCAGGGGGGAUUAACACUUGUAGACACUGAGUGGAUCUACUGCCUUCUAGAAGUGCCAGGUGUAGGAAAUAUACAGAGACAAAGUAUAUCUCUUGACUGGGUUGGAAUUUCAGUGAAAUUUCAGCACCGUCAAAAUGAGCAGAAUAUAUCAACUUUAUUCAAAUUUUUCUUUUAUGAAUACUAGAGGCAGCUUGGUAAACACUGUAGGAGUAGAGGUGGAACCCAAUUGUUCUAAGCUUUAUAUUUAUUAUAAAAUCUGCCAUUUUGACUUUUUUUUUUUCUUUUGAAUUUUCAAAGUUGGAAGAAAAGCUUCAAGACACCAAUGCUUAUUAUAAAGCACUCAUUGAUGAAAAAUAUGCUCUUGAAACUACUUUGCAAAGUCUAAUGGGUGAGAUGGAACUCCUCCGGGAAUGCACAAAAGCAGCUGAGCUGGCUCAGGAAAAGGCAGAAGGAGAGACUAGAGAACUUGAGCAAAAACUCUGUACCUUUGAGAAACAACUGUUCUCUAUAUCAUGUGAGAGGGAUGAGGCAAAGAAUAUGGAAAAUAAUCUGACAGAAGAAAGGAAUAUGCUCAAACACGAAAUUGAAAAGAACAUAAAGCAGGUGACUUAUAUAAAUGAUUGAAUUUUUACUUUUAAAAUUCUACUCUUGAGUAAUUCAGGAGAGACAUUUGAGAGUAUUGCAGUGUUCAAAAUCUUUAUUUUUACGAUAUAUACCCGCAAUGAAAAAAUUUAUGCAUUUAGUAAUGAUUUUUUUUUUUUUCCCAUUCCGGUUAUAUCUAUAAAAUUAGCCUGAAAAACCUACAGAUCUAAUUUCUGCAGCAUUUGCAAACCCUCUCCUUCUUCCACAACCCUGACAUAUGUGGCUGUCCAAUCACAGACUUCCCAGUGCAGUUUAAUGAGAAGCCUUUGAAAGACAGGUGCUCUGGACAAUUUGAGUUUAGCUCUAUAGAGCUAAAAAAUUUUUUUACAAAAAUCGAGAAAAACAGGACCCAGUUGCCUGACUGCCAGGUGGAUGUAACAAGGUUAAUUUAUAAGAGUAUCAAUUUAAGAGAUGACACACUCAUCGAACAACAUAAAGCAGUUCGGCACGCUAUUUAUAGUAAUUUAAGAUUUAGUGUGUGCAAGAGCAGUUGUACUUGGUUUCUUAAAAAUUUAAGAUUGUCACAGUAGCAGCAUGGGAGGUAAUGUUUCCCCCACACCCCAGUUUUUUUUGUUUUGUUUUAAAUAAUCUUUUAAGUAAAUGUAUUUUUAAUGUUUAAGUAUUUUGUCUUGUCAGAUCCAGUGCCUAAAUGAAGAGUUAAACCUUAUGAAACCAAAUGGAGAUGAUGAUCUUCGGCAACAAAAGUUGCUGGCACAGGAAAAAAUGGAUCUUAAGGAAAUAUUAGAAAAUGUUGGCGCUGAGAGUCACCAGCUGAAACACGACCUACAAAAAAACAUUGAAAUGGUAGGACAUUUGUCUGACAAUCUCUCAUUCUAAACUGCACUUGUUAUUUUGAAUUUUAAUUGGUAUACUUGUUUUAGUCUAUUGAAACCCAAGAGGAGCUACAGGGUGCCCUUGAAGAAUUAAAACACAAGACUAGGCUUUUGGAUAACCUGAAAUCCUUGCAUGACAUCACAGAGGACCACUCUGAAAAUCAUGAAACUGACUUGGAGCAUAAAGUAAGUUGUAUGACAUGCACCUAUUCUUGUGUUAAGCAAACUUUUUUUUUUUUUAUUGCUGUAGUUAAAUUUGCCACAUAGCAAAUCUUUCUGUUUUGCUUAAAUUAAGCAAUAUGGUUUUAUGAUCUUUGUGAUACUGAUAUUCAUGUUUUGACUUGGAAAGGUUUUAAGGUUGGAAGGUCAGAUGAAUGCACUGAUACAGGAGAGAGAUUCACUUUUACUUGAACUUAAAGCUACAGCAAAUAGAAAAAUGGAGCUGGAUGAAUUGGUUUCUACACUUACCGAAGAGAGAAAUACACUUCAAGAAAAAUCUUCAGAUGGCCAGGUGAGCUUUGCAUCCAUGAGAUUGCUUUAAGAAAAAAAAAAAAACAGUAUGAAUUAAGAGAAAUGAAAGCAUACAGUAUAUAGAAGUAUUCUUAAUAAUCAAAGCCCUCUAAAAGAUUACUCAACUGCUUUACUUUAAGUAUAGCCCCUUAAUGACCAAUUCCAUCAAUUGCUAAUACCACAGUCUGCUCCUUAAACACCUUAUAGUAAAAUAAACAUUGAAGAAUCUGGUCACUUUAUGGUGCACAGAUACUGGUUUUGCUCCCAGCAAGCCAAAGUGUUGGAGUACCACCCUUUAUGGCAGCUUAGAAUGUCCUUAUUUGACGCAGACAGUGAGUGGGUCUUUUCAUUCUGUGAUAUGAUUAAGGAUCAUAUUAUCACAGAAAUUGUUUCAUAAGGGUCACAGUGCUCGAUCUUCUGAGGUAUGCAAAGAUGGUGACAUACACAUAUUCUUCUUCAGUGUUCCAUACAACAUUAAUUGGUAAAACUUUUCAAAUGGCAGCGACAUAAAAGUGUAUAUGGAAUGAGGUCUUGACAGUUUGCAAGAUGUUUUCCAACAUGUCAUUAAAUAUUGAAUCCGUAGGUUAAUUUUAUAUCCACUCACUAUGAAAUUCUCAAAGGUCCCAAAACAGGUCGGUGUCCUUGGACCUCACUGAUGAGGUCCAAAGAAAGCUGGAGCAAUUGUCUGCGGUUGCUGUAUCUCUUGCCAGCAUUUCGGUUCUGGACUGCCAUUACGGGUGCGAUCAGUCUAAUUAUGCUUCGGAAUGUUUUCUCUCUUUAAUGGCACAAGUGAGCAAAAACUAUUUUGAGACCUGAGCUGGUAUUUACCGAAUGGCAAGCUACUGAGUUUCUCUAAGCUUUUGUCCAUUCAAUUCUUAUAUUCUUUAUUUUUUUUAUAAAUACUAUGUUUAGGAACAAGUUCAUGGUGAAAUUAUUAUUUAUUUUUAUUUUUUUUACAGAUUUAAAGCGUAAUAGACUAAUAUGGUCAUGUAUAGGCCACCACUAUAUUUUUACGAGUGUUAUAUCUUCUUUCAGAUUUCUGUUCUCGCAGAACAACUGCAGGAUAUUGAAGCCAAAUAUCAAGAACUUCUCUGUGAGAAACAUUUACUUGAAACUGCUCACCAGAGUCUAAAAUGUGAAAUGGAGCUUCUCCGGGAACAUGUAAGAACAAUGGGAUUGGCUCUAGAGCAUGCAGAAGAUGUGAAGGUUGAAGCUGCAGAUAAACUAUGCUCCCUAGAGAAACACUAUUCUCAUAUUGAUGAAGCAGAUAACCUGAAAGUUGAAUUGAAUGUUUCCGGAGCAGCAAUGGAGGUAAAUUGUGAAUUUUAUUAAACAAAAUUAGUAAAAUAUAUGUUGUGUAUAAGAAUAUCAAUAUUCACAGCUAUAUGGACAUUUCACCUCAGAUUUACUUGGGUAAAUGUUCAUCAGCAGAUUUUAGAUGACAAACAUAAUGUUGCUGUUGCUCUUUAGAAAAUAAUCUAUUCUUUAAAUUUGCAUUGUGUGCUUCUGAAAUGUUCGUAAGCAAAUAAUUAAAAUUUUGUAAAACCAAACCAGGUGAUAAGCGCACACAUGAAAAGGAUUAGUUACCUCAUAUACAAAUUCUUCUUAACUUAGAGUUACAUGUAUUAUCCUAUACAGAAAGAGAGAGAUAAAACACAACAUAGUGUAAUCUGUAAAAAUAAAUCGUGAGUAGGAAUUCAGAACACUCACAAUUUUCUGAGCCCAUUAAAGUUGGCUCUGGACUUAUUGAGCAUAUAUGUCUCCUUGUAGACAUAGAAUGGAUUCCUCUAGUGGUUAGGGUCCCAAAAGGUGCAGAAUUGCUGGAAACGGAAACUCCAAAAAGAGGUAGGUAUAUAAAAAUUAUUUAUUACUUUUAUAUAGAUAAAAACAUUGGAAGAAGUGCACAACGCGUUAUAACCCCACAAAUGGGUCUUUUUCUGGUGAUAAUGAAAGUCCUAUCAUUAUAUACACAAAUAUUACAAACAAUUACACGUUGUAAAAAACACACCCAUUCCCAAAUAUGGUCCGAACCGGAUACGUAUCAUGUCACCUCCAAGAUGGCGACGUUUCCGGUUCGAAUAUACAUUUCCGUUUUUUCAGCCAUAUUGGUAAUCUUUUCCUAGAGUAUAUAUAAAUAAAAUAUAAAUUAGAACAUGCAUAUAAAAUGACAGAAAGUUCAUUCUAUCACUUCCACAAAAAUCACGUCUUUUCAAAAUCCUUUUUGGAAUGGUUCUAUCUGUUGCAUCUAUUCGGUUUCGUCACUUCUGGUGACGGGCCGGGUCCGUAACGUCACUUCCUGUGACAUCUCCAUGCAGGCUAAUUCCCUUUGACGAAUUUUAGCGUCCAUGUGUUAUGUUGAAGUCUCUUACCAGCAGGCGCCAUUUUACAGAAGGGCAUUAGUCCAUAUAUACCAUACACAGAAGAAGGGCAAGAAGAAAACAGGGAGUUAAAAUACAUAUUAAAUGUAAAAAAUAAUAAAAAAUAAAUAAAACACCAAUCAAAAAGACACUCAAAUAAAAAAGACUUGGCAACAGAAAGAGUUAAAACCACAAAGGCAAAAAGAGAAAAAUAUUUCAUAAAAUAGGAUUUAUUUCAAAAUCAAUAUUGAGUCCAUUAGGAACUAAGGUGCGUAACUCAAAAAUCCAUCUAGUCUCCUGUAUACUUAAAUUAUUAGCAGCAUCUCUAUUGCACAAAAUUUUAGGUGUCUUGGAUCUGACACAUGCGUUUCUAAAAAGUUCAUUGAUACGCUAUGAUUUAAAAAUCCUUAUUUAAUAUUCCGAGCAUGUUCACUGAUUCUCACUUUGAUUGGUCUAGAUGUCUUGCCUAUAUAUUGUAGCCUGCAUGUACACUGCACUGCCUGCAUGUACACCACAAAAGAUAGAUAACAUUAUAAGAGUGAAAUGUGAUUGAUUUAAUUUUAUAUUCUUUCUUCGUAAUAUCGAAAUUAAAUGUAAGAACAUUUUUGUUAGAUAUUCUUGUAUUCCGACAUGCAUUGCACAUCACACAAUGGAAAUAAGAAAAACGUAUUUUCAUUGGACCAAUCUGUUUUUUGGACGUUCGUGUUUUACAAAACUUUUCGUUAAAAUUUGCUUAAGAUUUCUUGCUCCUCUAAAAAUAAAUUUUGGCUUUUGGCCUAUAUAUUCUUGUAUAUCAUCAUCUUGUUAGGAUGUGCCAAUUUUUGUUAAUUAUUUUUUCUUUAAUGGUGCCCAUGUUACUAGAGAAAUUAAAAAUAAGGGGAAUUUGGUAGUUUGUCUUUUUUUCUUUAUUUUUAUAUUUAAGUAAAGGGGAUCUAUUGGUAACUGAAUCUAUAUUGCUUUGUAAAUCAUCACUAUUGUAUCCUUUCUGUUCAAAUUGUUUUUUUAGAACAGCAGAUUGUGCAAUAAAGUCUACCUUGUUGGUGCAGUUCCUGCGAAUUCUCAGGGAUGAUAACUAUCCAAUUCAAUAUAGCUGUUAACAUCAAAUUGUUUAAAGCGAGUCAUAAGGGCAUUGUUAAAAAUAUAAAUAUUUAAGUCUAAAAAAACUCAAUGCUCAAAUCACUGACACUCUCGGUUAGAGAGUUGCCCCAGUCGUUAUUGAGAUAGUUAAAAAAAAAAAAAAAAAAAGUUAAAAGAAUCACUAGAUCCUUAGCAAUUAAUGAAGAUGUCAUCUAUGUACCUUUUCUAUAGGUCCACGUUUGCGCCAAAUCCAUGUUCUUGAUGAAUAAAAUUCAUUAAAAAAAAUAAAAAGGGUUAAAGUUCACUAUUUGUCUGCACUAGACCGUAAAAAUGACAAAAUCCCCCUUUUAACACCACCCACAGUUAAAGGACCACUAUAGUGCCCUGAGGGUGCCCCCACCCUCAGGGUCCCCCUCCCACCCGGCUCUGGAAGGGGGAAAGGGGUAAUAACUUACCUUUUUCCAGCGCUUGGCGGGGGAGCUCUCCUCCUCCUGGGCUGAAUGCGCACGCGCGGCAAGAGCUGCGCGCACAUUCAGCCGGUCUCAUAGGAAAGCAUUUACAAUACUUUCCUAUGGACGCUGGCGUGCCCUCACUGUGAAAAUCACAGUGAGAAGCACGCAAGCGCCUCUAGCGGCUGUCAAUGAGACAGCCGCUAGAGGCUUUGGGGGAAGGCUUAACCCAUUCAUAAACAUAGCAGUUUCUCUGAAACUGCUAUGUUUAUAAAAUAAUGGGUUAACCCUAGCUGGACCUGGCACCCAGACCACUUCAUUAAGCUGAAGUGGUCUGGGUGCCUAGAGUGGUCCUUUAAACAUAAUAAUAUAACUAUUACUAUUUUAACGCUUCCACCACCAAGACAAUUUAUAAAUGGGGUUGACUUGGUCCCUCAGGUAAAUCAAUAAUAAAAACCCAUCAAAUAUUACUUAGCACAAUAUCUAUUCAAUUGCAAAAUACAAAUUAGUUCAGGUAACGUGAUUCUUAACCAGACAAAGGCAGAACUUAAAGGGACUCUCCAGUGCCAGGAAAACAAUCCGUUUUUUGGCACUGCAUGUCCCCUCUCCCUCCCAAUCCCCGGUUGCUGAAGGCAUGAAAACCCCUUCAGUGACUUACCAGAGGCAACGACUUGUCCCACGUCACUGUUUCUUCCUCCGCUGCCACUCCUCGCCUUCAUUACAUCGGCCGGUGGGCGAGACCUAAUGCGCAUGCGCGGCUUGACACAUUGUGCUAAACUGUGCUGUGCUAAUAAAAAAAAUAAAAAAUAAUUAGAGCAAAGUGAACCGACGGAAUGCCCCUGUUGAAGGUGCUGUUAUAUGUGUUCUUUGGUGUUUGUUAGUGGAUUCACUAACAGAGAACACGUAUAAAGCUGCCCUACAGCAGAAUACCAAUGGUAUAGUGAAACGCAUUAAGUAAGGACAUACAUUAUCCACAGUUUUUAUUUUUACUUGUAUAGCUGUUGUUCCCAGCUUUUUAUUUAAUGAACCUACUAUUUUAUACAUCAUCACUUGUGGAGUACAUCCUUCAUACAGCCCUCACCAACCUUCCGGUUCCAGCAUAUAUCCAUAGGUGGGGAUUGUUCCACCUCAUGUUCUUCAUACCAGAGCAGGACAUUGCUGUGGGUGACGCAAGUAGGAUAUUUUCCUCCAUCAAUUGUUUGUAUAUACUUAUACCAUCAGAUUUCCUAUAUUGUCUUUUUUCACAUGUACUUACUCCAUCCUGAAAACAAGCUCCAAAGACCCUCCACUUAUAUCCAUAGACGGAGAUUAUUCCGUCCAGGCCUUCUUAAUAGAGCUGAGACAGCUCUAAAAAGUGAGUGUGCACUUUUGACCAUUUGUUCUCCCUUCACAAACAUCUACUGUACUGCACCAUAAUCUGUUUCUUGCUUUGUACUUAUAGAUUCAUAUACUAAGAAUAUCAUCUGUAUCGUAUGUAUAUGUAAUCUUAAACCCUGAUCACCUCCUGUCUGUUAUCUUUACCUGUCUUAACUCUGCCCAACAACCUAAAAGGGGUCAUAAACUUUACUUGAUUUUUCUUAACUAUACAGCAAGGCCAGCUUUACUCUCUAUUGCCACCAUACAAAUAUACUACAGUGCAUAAUGCCUGUGGCAUGUAUUUUUGAUAGUGUUUUGUUUUUAAUCACUUUUUUUUUUUUUAUUGUAACAUGUAGGGUUUUGUUUUCUUUGCAGUGUUCUGAAAUGCUCUAUGAAACUCAAGAAGAGUCAAAACACCAAAUACAUCUGGGAGAUGAUCUGAGUGAACAGAUCCUCAAAGAUGUUUGUUCAAUGCAACCUGGCACUGACUUCCUGCUAUCCCCAGAAGAGAAGGUAUUGGGAAUUUCUGUUGGUAAUGGGGUAUUUAAUCUCAUGGUGCAGUGUUCUAAUGCUGUGUCUUGCUGUUUUGUAGGUUUUAUCAUUAAAGGAAGAGUUGGAACAAAACCAAGCAGGGCAUCACCUGGAGGAGCAUGUACAAGCCCAGGAUAGGCUGCAGUGUGAAGUUGAAAGCCUGUUAAUGAAUCUGCAGAAUGCUCAAUCUACUCUUGAAUCUUGUCAAAGAGAGAAACAUGAAAAUGAGCAAAUGCUCUGUAGUCUUCAACAGCAAAUGGAAGCUGUUACUCAGGAAAGGGAUGAGAUGCGGAUCACACAGGCUAGUCUGAUAUCUGAGAGAGACCAGCUGAAUGAAGCCCUACACACGAACACUGAAAUGGUAAUUUCUGGCUUUGUGUUUAAACAAAUGAUUUGGCAAAUUAUUGUAAUCCAUUAAUCAAAACAUGCCUUUGUGGGUACAAAACGUAAAUGGAUUAUCUAAUUUAUAGGAAAACUACAGAUACAUUUUGACCAUUAUAAAUAUAAUGCAAAAUAAUUAAAGACAUAAAAAUAAAUUAUUCGCCAUCAAGGUUUCCUGUGCAUGUCCUAUUUAGUGGGUUUGCCUGCACCUUCAGGCAUACCACUCCCUUUAAUUAGGAGGCUCUUACUUUUUUGAUAAGUAGAUUAGUUUAUUUUUGAAGAGCAUAUUUACUCAUCAUAUUUGAUUAUGCUAUCAAUUUACACCCAGCUCAGAUCAUUGAACCGGGCUAUAGACUGAUCAACCACAACAUUAAAACCACCUGCCUGAUAUUGUGAAGGGCCCCCUUGUGCUGCCAAAGCAGUUCUGAGGCAUGGACUCCACAAGACCUCUGAACAUGUCCUGGGGUGGUCCAAGACAUUAGCAGCAGAUCCUUUAAUCCCUGCAGGUUGAGAGUUUGGGCCUCCAUCGGUCAGAUUUGUUGUUCCAGCACAUCCCACUGAUGAGGACUGAGAUCUGGGGAGUUUGGAAGCUAAGGCAACAUCUUGAACUUUGUCAUGUUCCUCAAACCGUUUCUGAGCAAUGUGGCAGAGUGCAUUAUCCUGCUGAAAUAGACAUCUGCCAUCGGGUAACAUGCAACGGUGGGGGAGGAGCGUGGUCAGAGCGGAGCCAGCACCGAGGGACAUUGGCGCUGGACCCAGGUAAGUGACUGAAGGGGGCCUUGACAGAAGGGGUGCUGCAGUGCCAGCUUGUUUUCAUCGCUCUAUAAUUUGCCUUUAAUAUAAUUGCCUGACUGGACAACCAGUUUUAAGCUUUUUGGCUAAAAUUAAGACCACUGCUUCUGCCAAAGUUGAAAGUCCUGGACCAAAACCUGCCUCAGAGAACACCGCAAUGUGUCCUUUGAACAGCAAAUGGACUUGCCAUACUAAGGUUAUAUCUUCUAUACCCACCUGCUCUGGAAGAUCUUGAAAGAUACCUAAACCACUUUAUUUCUACCUGAUUCCCUUUCCGAGCCACCGAUGCCUGGAGCAACAGGGUCUAUGGACAUUGCAUAUGGACUUUCACUGAGAGCUCUGGAUAAAGGGCACAGUGUCUCUCUACGAGACUUUAAUUUCCAGCUUGGUAGUAGAAUGUAACAUGAGCAGGAUGCGUGUUUUUUUUAUUUAUUUUUUUUAUUUCUUUCUGAAAUUGGUACUCUACACAAGUACCGAAAUUUACCUGUGAACAGUGUUUUGACGUCUGGAUUCCAUUAUACCAGUGAUCCCAGUAUGCUUACACUCCCUGUUGUAUCUGCAACCAGUGCAUUUGCUCUGUUGUAUCUUCUUAUUAGUUAUAACCUACAAGCACAAUUAUCAUUUUUUUUUGUUUUUCUUAUCUUAAACAUGUGCAGAACCAGCGGCAGCAACAGUUUCAAGCUCUUCGUUUCGUUUCUCUCAAUUGGUGCAUUUAAUGCAUGAAUUUUGUUUUAUUCCUGCCGCCUAUGUUAUUUUAUAUUAUGUUACAAACCAUUGCCUAACUUUAUGUAACAAAAAGCAGUCACUCACUCAUGACUUUGUUGUUAAUCUGUCAACUUAUUUAUUUUACCUCUGCAUAGUUUACCAGUUCUGGUCAAGUACAAAAAAGUACAUGUAACGUGGCUAGGAACUCAACACAUUUGUGCACGCAAAGUUCUUGUAGGGAGUAAUUCAAUUAUAUGCACAUUUUUAUGGGGUGGGAAUAGAACAUAAAUAUGCUCAUUUUGCAAAUUAUAGGUCAUUAUGCAUAAUCAGGGUUUGUCAGGGAGAUUUAAUUUUUUUCCGAAAGCGAAAACGUAAAUUGUCAGAAAGUAACCGUUCCUCGUUCCGUUAACCCGGUAAACACUAUUUCAGCGUUUUAUUAAGGCAAAUAGAGCAGCAAAGGUAAGAUCCAUGUUUUGGAGACUUUGGCACACACGUGCGCUCAUACAUCUAACAAAGUAAUCCUGUAUAGACGCAUGCACUCAUAUUGUAAGUGUUACUUAGUUUACGUACUCUGCCCUGCCAAAGUAUAUACUUUAGACCGAAAAUAAUUUUAAUUUUAGCACAACUAAUUGGCAACUUUCAGUUAAUCCAAUACAACAAACCUUUUAUUUUAGGUAGAAUAUUAUAAAAAUGAGUUGCAGCAGAAAGCUUUAGAAGGCCAGCACAUGUUACUUGAGAAGGAAGAGCUUCAGGAGACUCAGAAGAAACUCAAAGAUGAAGUGGAACUACUGAUGAAAUCUAUAAAAGAUGCUGAAGUAACAUUGCAGACAGUGGAGCAAGACAAACUGGAGGCAGAUCUAAAGCUUCUUAAUCUGCAAAAGGAAAUGGAAAUACUGGCUAAGGAGCGGGAUGAGUUGAGGACUACACAGGAGAAGUUAACAUCUGAGAGGGACCAGUUGACUGAGGAUCUAAAAACAAACCUGAAUAUGGUAAGAUUUGUAUGCUUAUAGUAGUUGUAAGUUGUUUGGGUUAUCUUUUUUUCUUUUUUUUUUUUUUUUCUUGCACUUUGUGAGCAGUGCACAUCAUAACUUAAAUAAUAAAAUGGUCAAAUGCAGAACACAUGUAAAAGCCCCACAACAAUGUGUUUUUAAGAAUAGACAAAUGGGAUGUUUUGGGGUGUGGGAUUGUUUUUUGUUUUUGUGAUGACUAGUUCACUAGGAAGACAUCAUAAUGAUGAAUAUCAGAAUCUGGCAUAAUGCAGAAUUGGAAAAAUAACACACACAGAUGUCCUGUAACAAGUUUAUAGUGGUUGUGGUUUUUGGAGUGUUUUCUUAAAGGUAUUUCAAUAAUCCAUUUUAGAUUGAGCAUAUUGAAACCAGUGUGCAGCAAACACACACAGAAGAGCAUGGAACCAUGCAUGAUGAUAGUACACUUGAACUGGUUCAGCAAGGAACUUCAAACGAUUUGAAACAACUAAUGUCGAAUUUGAAGGACACGGAGGCAAGACUACAAAACCUGCAACAAGAUAAAGUGGAGACAGAACAAAAGUUUCUUAAUCUUCAAAAUUGCAUGGAACCAUUGGUUCAGGAGAGGGAUGAACUGAAACUGAAACAGGACACUUUGAUAGCCGAGAGAGACAGGCUGCAGGAAGAUCUCAAAAACAACAUUGAUAUGGUAAUAGGAUUGUGUUUUUAAGUGUGUGUGUGUGUGUGUGUGUGUGUAUAUGUAUAUGUAUAUGUGUGUGUAUAUGUGUGUGUGUAUGUAUAUAUAUAUAUAUAUAUAUAUAUAUAUAUAUAUAUAUAUAUAUAUAUAUAUAUAUAUAUAUAUAUAUAUAGUAUGUGUGUAUAUAUAUAUUUGUCGUAUUGUAUCACACAUGAAAGAAUAUAACAAAGUUGUGAUUGAAUGUAUUUGUGCAUUAAAGGAAAAUUAAAUCUCUCCAUUCGCGCACAGGACUGGUCACACUUUGUUACAUUUAAACAACCAUACCUGUCACCUAUAGUAGUGACAGUAGUAGUUAGUGGUCCCUGAUUCAGGAAACAGAACAGUAAGUUUCAUCUGCUAUUCUAUAGUUGUGCUAAACAUCAUAAGCUGUCUAAAGGAUAUUGAGUAGUGGUGAUUUGGGGGACCUGUCAAUUGUUAAUAUUAGUGUAUCCAAAUUCAUGCAGUUAUACAGUACUGUCUAUAUGUGUUUGUCCAUAAACAAAUAGAUUUGUUCAAAACAACAAAAACCUUCAUUCAUUUUUAGUGGAGGAAACAUUUUUGUUUGCUUUGUGAUUUGGAUUUAUAAAUCUCAGCUUUUUACUCGAGCGAAUUGAUUCAUUACAAAAUUAAUUUGUUUCUAAAUGACUUAAAUGAUUCUGUUUACAACCAAAUCAAUUUGUUUUUGGAUCAAUGCAUGCUAAGGAGAUGACCAUCUACCUGUUAAUUGUAAGUUCUGUUGCCGCCUUUGCACAUUCCCAGUUUUGCAAAUUCAGUCCACUGGGUAGACAAGCCUAUAGGGUCUGAAUGCUUGUUGCAAUCUUAACCCCUUAAGGACCAAACUUCUGGAAUAAAAGGGAAUCAUGACAUGUCUCACACGUCGUGUGUCCUUAAGGGGUUAAGGAGUGUAUAUGCAAAUUGAGAUGGGUAUAGUUUUUAUUUUUUGUUUUUUGUUUUUUUCAUACUUUACUCCACAAAUGCUUACUCAAAGCUGGGCUCAUUGGAGUAGAUUUUAUUUUCACUGUUUCCUGCUCAGUAAUUUUGUUGGUUAUGCCAACUUGAGGGUGACCGCGCGCGCGCGUGUCAAUCAGUCAUGAAAUGCACGUGAACAUACAUUAUUUGCCUGUUUAUUUGAAAGUGAGAAACAAUUCAUUCCUUAUACAAGUAUUCUAUCACACUUGUCUGUCUUUCAUUUUAGUUUGCUAAUAUUAAAAAUGAACUUCAUCAGAAGUCAUUGGAUGCACAGCAAAUAAUGCUUGAAAAGGAGGAGCUUGAGUUAGCCCAUCAGAGACUUAAAGAUGAUUUGGAACUAAUAAAUACAAAGGACAUUGAGGCAGCAUUACAAAACGUGCAGCAAGAGAAACUGGAAAUAGUUCAACAACUUCUUAAGCUUCAACAGGAAAGAGAAACCCUGGCUCAGGAGAGGGAAGCGCUGAUUAUUAGCCAGGAUAACUUAACAUGUGAAUGGGAUCAGGUAAGAGAUUUUUUUAUUAUUAAUUUAUUGGGAAUCUUUGUUGAUUAUCAGCAUAUUUCUGCUGUAGCUUUAGCUGCAAUUAUGUAAAAUGAUUCAUAUCUUUACUUUGUGCAUUGUUGAUGUGUGAGGUUUGAUUGUUAUUCUGUGCAGGAGAAGGUGAAACUAGAUCUUGUCCAUCAGAAGCUUAAAGAUGAAAUAGAACAACUAUUGAAGAAUAUGAAGGGCUUAGAGGAAACCUUACAGAGUGUGCAACAAGACAAAUUGGAGACAGAGCAAAAAUUGAUUAACCUUCAACAGCAAAUGGAAACCCUGACUCAGGAGAGGGAAGAGCUGAGGACUAGCCAGGAAAACUUAACAUCUGAGCGGGAUCUACUGAAAGGAAACCUGAAAGAACACAUAGAAAUGGUAUAAUAUCACUGUGGAUUUUCCAAAAACAAAAUAUUUUUCUCAUUUAAAUUAUUUAGGUUUGUAUUUUUUUGUUGCUUGUUUAGCAUUUAUCUCCUUUUUCAAUUUUAAUUUAGGUUAUGAAUCUUCGAAAUGAGAAGCAGAAGAAACACACAGAAGACCAGCCAACAGUGCAUCAGAUAUCUUUUGAGCAAGUCCAGCAGAGUUGCAAGGAAGAAAUGGAAGCACUAAUUAAGGACAUGAAGCAAACAGAGACAAAAUUGCAGUCUGUUCAACAAGACAAACUGGAGACAGAACAAAAAUGUACCGAUCUCCAACAGCAAAUGGAAACACUAGCUCAGGAGAGGGAUGAGCUAAAAUUAAAACAGGACAACUUAAUAUCUGAGCGAGAUCAACUGAAGGAAGACCUAAAGGAAAAUAUUGAAAUGGUAAGAUACCUUUUAUGUUAAAGAGAAAAAUUCUUUAGAUUUUUAUUAUUUUCAGGUCUACUAAUAGUGGUGAGUCAAUUGCCUUUUUCAAGAAAAUGUCAAAAAAUAGAAAAGUGGAGAGCUAUUUGAAAAACCUUUUAGGAUAGAAAAAUUGUAAUAAACUAAACAAACGAAUUGCAGGAUGGAAUUUUGUCUAACAAGAAAUGGGUCUUUGUUUAGUUCGUUGACAUUUGUAUUAGUUCAUUAGUCUUUUGGACGAAUAAGCAAAAUUCAGACAAAAACAUGUUUGCCUGCAAGAAACGAAAAACCCAAGACAGAUUUAUUCAUAUGGCUGCUAAAACAAUUUUCACUAGGCAUCGUGCUUUAAUAUUUUCUCUUGCAAGCACAUCGGGAGAAACCUAGUGUAUAUCGAGUACAAGCAGCCUCUAGACUGGAAUUUAUAGUGGUAUCCCCCACAUAUGAAAAAGAUUGUUAAAGACUGAGCCAGUACUGUUCUCUUCUUUUAUGUGGGAGGAUGAUAUCUACCAUCAUUUUAACAUGAAAGACCUUAGUUAUAUUAUAUUUUUUACUCUUUUAAAAUAUAAACUGAGGAAUUUUCUUCUAAAGAAAGAUUGACUGCGGAAAAGGAUUGGUAUUUGCUGUAUAUUUCCUACCCUAAGGGUUAUUGAAAUAGCUCUUCACUUUUCUAUACUGACUUUUUGGAAGUGCUUGGUGUUCUUUGCAGGAGAUGGGAGACGCAUGUAUAUAGCUGCUAAAAAAAAUGAUCCACGCUUACAAGAAGUGUCUGUUUCACAGUAUAUAUUUUCUGCAUUUUUCAAGAGUCUAAUGUAGCAAGGAGGGCAGUUCCAUAGGGAUGGUGCAGCCCUAGAGAAGUCGUGAAAGUCAGAGAUGCGAUCACGAAAAGAGGAUAGACACAAGUCCGAGCAUAGUGGCCUGGUUGGGACUUACUUGUGUAUUAGUGAGGAUUGGUAGACAUGAGCUGUGUUAUAGGGGCUGUAUUAUAAAGAGCAAACCAGAGUUUUAUAUCUUAAAGUAAACCAAUGUAAGGACUGACAGAAGAGAGAGGUGCAGGUGGUCAGGAAGAUGAGUCUUUGCUGCAGCAUUCAUUAUUGACUGUAGCGGGGCGAGCUGUGUGUACUUAAGACCAAUGAGACGUUGAGUGCAAUAGUCAAGGCGUGAGAUUAUAGUGGCAUGGAAGGGAGUUUUAGCUGCAUUCAGUGUCGGUAGGGGCGUGUGUGAGCUAGGUUUUUGAGAUGAAAGCGACAGGAUUUGGUGUUUGACCGGAUAUGAGGGGUGAAGUGGAGGUGCAAGAGAGUUCCAAGUCACCAAGUCUGUGAGGUAGAUUGUAAGCUCAUGUGAGCAGGGCCUUCUUCAUCUAUUAUCUCCCUGGAUAUAUUGAAUGUCAAUUACCAUUUUAUGAUUGUAAAGUGCUGCUGAUUAGUUUAACCAAAAAAAGGCAGUAAAAAUCAAGAAACGUAGAGGACUGAAUAUAGAACCUUGUGGAACACCAACAGAGAUGUGUUGCAAAGGAGAGGAAGAACCCGAAAUGGAGACUCUUAAAGAGUGCUGGGAAAUGUUGGGGUAAAAUCCGGAAAGAGUAGUGUCUUUCAUCGGCAAUGGUUGAGAUGGAUGAGCACAAGUUAUUGAUCAGUGUCAAACGUAGCAGAGAGGCCAAGGAGAAUUAGACGGAAGUAGUCAUCACUGGAUUUUGCCACAAUGAAGUCAUUGGAUGCUUUGGAUUUCGCACUCACCACUCGGACCAUACUAAAGUAGGGGUCAGGAAAGUUGUCCGUAUCGUGUACGUAACUCUCAAGGAUCUUGGGCUUUUUUUAGAAUCAAGGUUAUGGUUGUAUGCUUGAAGGGUGCAGAAAAUACACAAGAUAAGAGGAAGUGAUUAAUUUAUUGCGAGGCAGAGCAAGCGAAGGGACAGUGUGAAUGUGUAAAUUAAUAUAAUUGACUGAACUGGUUCUGGAGUGGGAGGAGCACAGCAGAUCAGAAACAGAUUGUGCAGUGGGUGUCAAGUAAGUGUAGGAUAGAGGAGGGAGUGGGGUAGGGGAAGUUGGCAUAGACAAAGCGAUUUGAAAUCUCUAACCUGUUUGCAGCUUUAGUGGAGUGGCAAAGAAUGUUUUCAUUCUCUGCGUUGUUUGGUUAUGAGGAUAAUGAAGUUAUGGAGAAAAUCAGAUGUAGAAUUAUUAUUUCUCGAGCAGCAUUCAGCAGUUCUCAAACAUUUUUAGAGGUAUAGGGUUUAGUUUAGUAUGCCAUGGUUGGAACUGGAGUCCUUUAUGAUGCUUAAAUGUAAGAUGUGCCAUGUUGUCUAGUUCAGAGGAGCGGGUGGAGUUGUAGAGAGCGGUUGCAAAGCUAGAGUAGGUUAGGUUUGAGAUUGGUAAAAGGGGCGUUCGGAGAUUGCUGGAGAAUUGCUGUACGUGAAGACAAGGGAGGUUUCUGCAAGAUUCUUAAACAUUGAGUGUUAUAAGUUGGCUAUGGGAUAUGAUGAUACCCAAGGUCAACAGAUGAUGGUCUCUGUCAUUUAUGGUUAUCAGCUCUAUAUUUUGCACCUGGCAGUCUGCAGAGAGAAAGCAUACAGAGAAGAAAUUUAACUAUUUCUUCUCUUUACCUGCACUGUUUGCUUUGGCUUAGCCAUGUCUGAACUGUAUUUCAACAUAAUUUGCUAAAUAUUUAAUAUAAAUUUGAAAGAAAACAAUGUUGAAAGUCCCAAAGCCUUGACCAUCCAAUUUUUAAAGUGAAUUUCAUAUUUUGCACCUGUUAGGGGGACACUGUAGGCAUUAUAACCAUGAAAAAACACUGUAUUAAUCAUGGUGCUAGGAGUCUCAGUGCACUAUCAUCUAAUCUGCCAAAUGCUUAAUAAAUGUACUGGCAAUUACUUUGCGGUUUUGGUCUACAGUUGGUUCCUACUUCUGCAUUAUCAUGGUAGGUUGUCAUCUGACGAUUUUCGGCAAAGGAUUACUGUUUAAAUCUGGUAUGUCAUGUUAUAUUAUGGCAGUACAAUUUUCUUCUUUAUCAAACCAGCUUAGACUGGAAAAACUAGGGGGCGCCCAACACAAAGUAUGAGACCAUUCGUAGCAUUUGUUUUACAAAUUACCAGCAGAUGGCACCCAGGACUCCUGGCACUAUGACCGCUACAGCACUUAGCUUAGUGCCCAAAAUGUCACUCUAAUAUUCUGGAUUUAUAUUGUGGAUUAUUGUUGAUAAUUUAAACCUAGCUAUAACAUUCUUUAAAAUCGGAUUUCUUUAGUUUAAAGAAUAAAAAAAAAUAAUGAAUUGCAGAAAACGUAUGAUACAAUUAAGAUAAGCGUAUUUAAAUCUAAAACUGGUUUGCACUAAAAAAGUUAUUGUGGGUGUAUCUUUUACAGUCUAUUGAAACUCAAGAUGACCUUCGUAAAGCUCAAGAAGAAUUGCAGCUGCAAAAACACAGGGUGCAACAGUUGACCAGUCAGAUGUCUCUAUUGGAAGAAAAGGUAUUUUUCAAAGAUUUUCAUGCAUGUUCAGGCGAAGAAAAGUGAUUACACUUUUUUCUUAUUUUAUUUUUCUAUUUAUAAAGCUUGCAUCUGUAGAGAAAGAGUUGAUUCAAAAAGAAAAUGCGCUGAGUGAAUCUUUAAAAAAGAUCCAUGAAAACACCAAACAAGAAGUUGAUUCAAAGGUGGAAGAGCUUAGCCAUGCUUUAGAAAGCAGUGAGUUGGCUUUAGAACAAGUAAGACUGGAAAAUGAUGACGCUGCCAGGAAAGUACGAGAUCUCACAGUAGAACUUGGAGCCAUGUCAGAUGAGAGAACUCACCUACAAAAAUUGAAAGAAAACUUAAAAGAAGAGGUAUUUUUUUAAUUUUAUUUUUGUAUCAUGGUUUGUGGUUAGGUUUUUUGUUUUUGCUGAUUUUAAAAUGCUGCCUGUAUCCUAUAAGGGACCACAUCUGAGAUAUUUUGACUAGUUUUGUGUUUGUGUGUAUUUUUUGGGUGUUCAUAAAUUUGGUUGACUAAUUUUGUAUGAAUAUUUGUGUUGUCUUGCUCUAAGUAUUCUAAAAUACAGUGCUGUAUUACUUCACUUCUACUGAACGAGAAGUAAAAACUAUAAAAGAGAACUUGAGCCCUGUUCCUAAAAGGAAUACGGUCAGUUUGGCUUUAAAAUAAACUAACACAACUAACAAGUAAUUUUACUCCACGCUUUCUUUUUUAUCCCCUGCCAUUUGUGUAACUUUUUACCUUCUGUUCGUGCCACAGAUAGUACUGCAAAAGAUUGUUAAAGCCAUGUUGCUCUGUCAUGUGAUAUGGCACAAGAAAUAUUCUGAGUAAGGGUUCUGGGUUUGAGUGGUACUAAAAUGCUCUAACUUGCCUGGUAUCAGAUUUAGAUGAAUAUUGACCAGUGACUGGCACAAAUUACUGCUUGAAUCAGUGGCAUGAAGAAAAAUUAUAUUUAAAUUCCAUGUGAAAAAUAAAAAUGUCCAGUUUACAAAGUAUUCACAAGUUCUUCUAAAAAAUGGGUAUGAUUUUGAAAACAUUACAUUGUGCUUUAAACCUGUACAUGCAAUUUAGUUUUAGUUCUCUGAACCUUCAUGUGCAAUUUGGUUUUGUAAAUUCAACAGGUAAACCAACUGAAUAACGAUCUAGAGAAUCUGACACAGAAACAUGCCCUCUUGGAAGCACAGCAUGCUGACGAAAACCUGAGGCAGGAAGAGCUAGUUACCGAAAUAAAGGAGCUAAAAGAUAAACUUGAGGCCACCCAUUCUAGAGCUCAGCUUCUUGAAGCUGAAAAGGACAACCUGCAAAAGCAAAUCCAAGAACAAGAUCUGAAAAUAUCGAGUCUUUAUCUAGAACAGGAACAAUUUCAGCAACUGCUGCAGAGAGUGCGAAGUGAAAAGGAGAAUAUAUAUUCGGAGCUUCAAGGACAGGAGAAAGAGGUGAGCCUAUAAUAACUCACAUAUUAGUGUAAGCAGCUGCAUAAAUACUGCCUUGUUUAUUAAUUCAAUCUCUACAUUUCUAGUCUGCCCAGUUAAGGGAGGAACUAAACAAAUGCCAGACAGAACUUCAAGUUGUUAAGCAACAAAAGGACGAUAUAAAUGAACAUCUCAAUUUAAAAGUGAACACACUUGAUGAACUAACCAAGCAGAUAUCCUCUUUACAAGAACAGAUUGAGCAACUACAGCAGGUAUUGGUUAUGUUUUUGUCUUUUCCUCAGAAAGGUAUGAAAUCAAUUCAAUAAACAAUUAUAAUUUUACUGUUCCUGUUAAAUAUAGUUGCUCUCAGAACUUUAAAAUGGCUUGGUGAGGAACCUUCUGUGUUUCUCAAAUCCUACCCUUAUGGUCCUCAUUAUCUGGAUGACCAACCUAUCCUGUUAACAAUGUGAAAUUUUGAAAUGCAUCUUUUCCAUACCCGGGAUGGUUGAGACUCAAGUGUUGAUUGACUUUAAGAACUAGUGUCUUAUGUGAUUUAGCACAGUGAUCUGAAUUUGUGGUCAGGUUUCGUCAAAUUGCUGUUUUGUGUUAUUCUUACUGUUUAAGGAACCUGUAGUUAUUUAUUUACUCUACGUUUUUGGGUUUUUUAAACAAAUAGAAAUUAAAAUGUUGGAGAAUGUUUUAUGUUUAAUCACUUUUAAAAUUGAGCUAAUAUUUGAAAACCUAAAUACAUACAACAGUGGUUGUUUGAAAGACUUAUACAUCAAGAACAAAAUCUUAAAAAAUGUGUACCAUGUGCUAGUUAUAUUUAAUGAAAUGUGCCAACAAUCCCCCUUUUAAGAUGUGAUUCUUAUUGUAUACUUGCAUUUCAGGCCAUAAAGGAUGAAAGAGAGAAAAAUGUUGAGCUCAAUGAUGAGAUUGAGCGUAAAGAUAAAGAUAUUUUACUUUUAAAUUUAAAACUGAGCUUACCUCCAGAAGAAGACGAAGAAGAUGAGCUUGCAAAGCACAUGGAUGCUUUGAAAGAUAAGACCCAAGAGAUAACGGUAUUUCUGAUAUUAAAGUCACAAAGCUGCAUGUGUAUUUCAAGUGUGUUUGACCUAAACAUGUGUGUUCCACCUUACUGUUGUUUUUCAAAAGAAAAAAAGGCUAUAUCUUUCAGUUAUUUAUAGUUUUAAAUAUUCACCAUGAUGUCCAUAUUAAUAUGACCUCUGACAAGGACUUUGUUUUAUUUUUCCUUAGGUACUUUUGUUAAGGGUACAAUGCAAUCUUAAAUGAGUACAUUUAUAUAUAACGGUUUUCUGCUUUUGUUUAAUGUUAUACAUUGUUUUCAAACCCAUAUAUCCAACAUGUAUGAUGCCACCACCGGUACUAUGUUAGAAUAGUGAAGGCACAUCAGAACUUUGGUGAAAUAUUUUCUGUGAUGUUCUACAAGCCAGAUUCAUCAUUAAGAUGAGCACAAUUCAGCAGCAUCAGUUUGCCAAUAAUUGCAUUGGUAGGCUCUUAUUAUUAAAGGAACACUAUAGGGUCAGGAACACAAACAUGUAUUCCUGCCCCUCUAAAUGUAGUAAAAUCUUACCUUUAUUCCAGUCUGCUGAUGAUGCCUCUGCCCUUGAUCUGCCUCCUUGGCUGACAUCAGAAGGGAUUAUCUGAGCCAAUUACAAUGCUAUCCCAUAGGAAAGCAUUGGCUUGACUGAGAUUGCCAAGGUGGUGGGGCAGGGGGCGGUGCCAAAUGCCACUCUGGCCAAUGAGCAUUUUCUUAAGAGGGUGUGAAUAUACCGUUUGCACCUUUGGACUCUGUGUGUUGGGUGGUGGGGUUGAUCACCUAAACACUGAGUUUGUUCUUUCUGUACUCUAUGGGGAAAGUUUUGUGUCUCCAUGCAGAGGGUGGAGUCACUGAAUGUCAAUGCUGCACACUGCCCCAGGAAGCACCUCUAGUAUCCAUCUGUGGAGUGGCCAGUGGAGUUUCACUAGACUGUAAUGUAAACAGUGCCUUUUUUCUGAAAAGACCGUUUUUACUGCAAAACGCCUACAGGGACUGACAAUACUCAACCGGAACAACCACUUGUGAACAUGAAUUACUUUCUUGCAUGGAUAGUGUUUUUUUUUGUUUUUGUUAUUUCACAUUUUUGUGGUGCAUGCCUGCAUGGAUCUGAUAGAUUCAUUAGCUUUCUUUUGAGAUGCCACGAGAUGGUACUGUAGAGUUUCAAACACUGGGGACAUCGGCAAGAAGAAAAUGAAUGCCACAAGAAGAAAAUAAGGGAGUAUUUCCACCAUAACCGAUGCAACAACAUUGGUUGCAAAAGUAUAUGGCAAUGUCUUUCUUAAACCUUAUUUUUGAAAGCUGUUGAACUGUGUCAGUGCAUUCUUUAAAAAAGUGUAACACUUUAUCAAUUUAAUGUAGAGGUCCAUUUGCAUACUAAAUGUUGUGUUUGUACUUUCAUUGUGCUUUUCCAAAUUACGAUUCCUAGGAAGUAAAUUGAAAUCAUAUACAUGUAUGCAAUCUGCCAUGUUAUGUCCAGGAUUUAAUAGCUGAAGUAAUUUAUAUUUUUUUCCCUUUUCUACAGGAUCUUUUGGUAAAAAUCUCUGGUGUAUAUUCUGAUCAACACAGCCUAAUAAACAGUUUGGCUAGUGAAAUUCACAAUGAAGAAGAGACCUGUAAAUCCAUUUUGGGUCAGAUAAAGGAUAAACUCUCACCUACACAGUCCAGGUCAUUUAGAAGCUUACAGACUGAGCAUGUAAAGAUAAAUUCUCAGCUGCAAACCGUUCUAAGCAAGUUUAAGGUAAAUUUCAUAUUUCUUUAGUAGUAUUAGAAAAUGUAACUCUAGUGAUGUUAAGGGGGUGGGGGGGGAGAGUUAAUUUUUUACUAACUUAUUUUUCUUGUAGCUUAUAUGCAUGAAUGCCAUUGUGAAAGAAGAACAAUACAGCUUAUUAAAUGUCUACGAAGUAGACCUGAUCACAGAACAAAAGAAACAUGAAGAGCUUGAACUUCAGAUUCAAUGUCUAGAGCAGCACGGUAAAAAAUGGACAGAUUCUGCAGCGGAUGACCUAAAAUUUUAUGAACUUGAGUUCCUAAACAAACUGAUAAAUAAGAAGUAUGAUCUUAUAAAGGUAAUUGAUAUCGGAAAAAACAUCAGGGGAGAAAAGUCAUUAUGAACUUACUGUAGAAAUAGGCACAAGGUUUAAUGUGGCAAUAUGUAUGUAUUUUUUCAUGUUUGUGGGUGACUUUAUCACUGGAGUGGAUACCCGCAGGCCUAUGCGGCACUGCACUUUAUUAAAUGUUAAUCCAUUUUGUACAGUUUACAUGUUCGUGUGUGCAAAGCAAAUCAUUAGGAUUAGUUAACAAAAGGUUUACUAAUGGGAAAACCACUACUGGGAAACCACUGGACAGUAUAGGUAUAUAUGCAUGCUGUACAUUCACUUUUAGAUUUUACUCCAAAUUAAAUGAAUAUCAAAAAUACAUGUAAAUGAGUAAAAUAAGGUGAGAACACUGCUUUUUUGUUUUGUUUUACCAGCAUGCAAAACACAAAUCUAGAUACUUAUUUCAAGAUUCAAUACAUGUUGUAUGCUACUUAAGGAACAAUUGUAGCAUUAGGGAUAUAAAACACCAUAGUGUGUCUCUUACCUGUAUUUGCGUGUUUGGUCAUUUUGUAUGAAGCAAUACUUAGUCAUUGACCAAGUAUAAUCUAGUUAAAGAAUAGUGUAGUGUCAUGAAUACAAACAUGUAUCCCUUACACCAUAGUGCUAGAAUACAUGUUUAGCUCCCUGGCUCCCUCUCUGUGGAGAUAUAAGGUAUAUGUACCUUUUCUCCAAAGCUAUGCCGGUCUCGUCACCGCUGGCCACAUGUCCAUGACUGAGAUUAUUACUCUUGGUGAUCUCUGCCAAUAAAAUGCUUUUCCAUGGGAAAGCAUUGGGAGGCCCUUGCGCCAAUCAGCAUCUCCUCAUAGAGAUGCAUUGAAUCAAUGCAUUCCUAUAGGGCAGGGGUUCUCAACCCAGUCCUCAGGACCCCCUACCAGUCCGGGAUUUGGGGAUUACCUGGGUGUGUCUCAGGUGUUUAGAAAAAGGGGAAAAAAACACCUUAGACUCUAAGGUGUUUUUUUUUCUUUUUCUAAACACCUUAGACACACCCAGGUAAUCCCUAAACCCUGGACUGGUAGGGGGUCCUGAGGACUAACGUUGAUAACCCCUGCUAUAGGGAAUGUUCAACGAAUCCAUGCAGAGCUUGGAGAUGCUAAACGUAGGAGUGUUCCUUGACAGCAAAGUAAACACUGCCUUUGCUAAGACUGCAGGGACAUGCUAUAGACACUAGGGAUUGACCAAUUAUCGGUCUGGCCGAUAUCCAGUAUUUUCGGCAAUAUUUGUAUCUGCCAAUAAAGAUACCGAUAUUGCCGAUAAUUCAUACCAGAGCUGGGAGGGCCCAGCAAGCUCUUACUUACCUUCUCUUCAGCUCCCCUGUGUAAAUCUCGCGAGUCCCGCGGCCGUCAGAGCUUUGCCAUGGGCUACCAUAGCAAAGCUCCGCGCGGCACACAGGCAGCAAGAUUUAGACAGGGGAGCUGCUGGGAAGGUAAGUAAGCGCUUGCUAUGCCACCGUACCAUCAAGAAAGGCUAUAUCCGCCCUCCCUGGCCAAGUAAGAAGCGGGUGGGGGGGGUGGACUAAAAAAAAUAAAUAUAUUAUUUUAUAUUAAAAAAAAAAUUAAAUCCUCCCCUCCACCCCCCAAAUUUUACACAAAUUACAUACCUACAGAAACACACACACACACUCUGCAUUAUAUGCACAUACUAUACAAAUACACUGCAUUCACUAUACACACUCUGCAUUCAUUAUAUACACACUACACAAACACACUGCAUUCACUAUACACACUGCAUUCAUUAUACACAUUACACAAACACACACUGCAUUCAUUAUACACACUACACAAACACACACUGCAUUUAUUAUACACCCUACACAAACACACACUGCAUUCAUUAUAUACACACUACACAAAUACACACUCUGCAUUCAUUAUAUACACACACUCUGCAUUCAUUAUAUACACACACUCUGCAUUCAUUAUAUACACACACUCUGCAUUCAUUAUAUACACACACUCUGCAUUCAUUAUAUACACACACUCUGCAUUCACUAUAUACACACACUCUGCAUUCAUUAUUCACACACUACACUACACACACUCUGCACUCAUUAUUCACACACUACACUACACACACUCUGCAUUCAUUACAUACACACUACACAAAUACACACAACUCCCCUGUCUAAACACACUGCAUCCACUACAUGUGGCAUGUAUAUUUUGUGCAUUUGCCUUUAAAAAUAGUUUGUUUUUCAAAAUGGUAAAUGUACAGAAUAUCGGUAAGUUAUCGGCUAUCUGCCUGAAAGUUCACAGAUUAUCGGUAUCAGCUCUAAAAAAAAAAAAAAUCAAUAUUGGUCGAUCCCUAAUAGACACCAGAAUCACUACAUUAAGCUGAAGUGGUUCUGGUGACUAUAGUGCCUCUUUAAAGAACAAUCCAGGUUUGAGUGAAACAUUUUCUUUUUUUAAAUAUAAAUAUGCAUAAACAAUUUGUUAUGCAAAUGUUUAUAUACCUGCAUUGUCUCUGUAUCACCAGGCUUUGCAGAUUCUGCAAUAAGUUCUGCCCAGUCCAGAAAGUGGCUCAGUAAGUCACGUUGCUUCAUUGUCUGGUAGUUGUUGCUUAACAACACUUUAAAAGCUUCUAAAUUAGCUAGUUUUCUUAAUGUUCAAGUUGACCCAGUGGUUUGUUAAAUUAACUCUGCAAUAAGUAUAAACUGUCCUGAUUUUAAUACUCCUCAUUAAUGAACUUUGGGGUUGCAGCAUGUUGAAGAAGAUUUUUCAGCGAUUCAAGUCAUACUGACAAGUAUUGAACAAGUUCUUCAAGAUGAAACAAAAUGCAAGCAGAGUUUUAACUUGUGGCUGGAUGAAUUCAAGGAUGAGAACAUUAAUGUCAUGAAGCUUAAUGAAGGUGUCCAGCAAGAAAAUAAAAGAAUCAUAGGAAUGAUCCAACUGAUGACCAAGAAGCUAAGGGUAGAAUAUAUAUAUUCUAGAGAUGUUACAGUGUGUGUGUGUAUAUGUGUAUAUAUAAGUAUUUAAGAAUCUAUUCUAGUUCUAUAAUUUUAUGCAGCACAUGGCAUCUUAUGCUAUGGUAUACAUUUAGAAAAUACUUUAAUAUCAGUUGAUUAAGAUCUUUUCUAUGUUUUUAAGAAAAAUAGUUUAAUAAAUUUAAUAUUUUCUUUAAGACUGUUCUUCAAUCAAAAAUACAGAGUGUGGUCACCGAAUAUUUAAAAACCAUUCAAACAGAGUUGGAAGAGACAAAAGUAAAAAACACUGAGCUAAUGAAAAGAGUGCAUCAGCUUUCUCCUACAGGAAGUACAGAUAUCAUAGAAAAUGAGAAUGCUAGAUUACAAGAAAAACUGAAGAGUCUGCAAGCAGAAUUAAAGGUAAUGGCAGUUUUGAAUUCUGUUUAAGCAAAAUUAAAAGUGAAGGCUGUUACACGUUCUGGAAUGUAGCUCUCGCUCUAUCUUCUGCAGGUGUACUUUGUUGAUGUUCAUAUUGUUAAAGGUUUGUUGUGACAAUUGGCUAAUUGGUUGUUGAGGAAUGGCAGAAGGCAGUUAUUCCAAAAUACUACAGUCCUACAUAACCAAUAAAUCAAUGUAGACCAAAAGGGUCAAUAAAGAUUUGGUUGAGUUGGAAGGGCCAGAUCCUUCUGUAUCGAUCACUGAAAAUCUGUUGUAGCUUAGCACUUGCACAAUUAAAAUAUUUGGACAGGUUAUUAGGAAGGGAAAGGGUGCUAGGGGUUUCCCGUUUUUUUUUUUUUUAUUCCCAACACUUAUUGAUUUAUGCAGUAAUCCUACUUUAUGAUCUAGGUGUAUGUUCUUUUUGCUAUAUUCAGUGUUCCUUGUAUGUUGCAUUAGUGAUGCUUAGGCCCUUUUACACAUGAACAUUGUUAUAUCCUGUAGAAAAUGCAGUCCAGGAUCAAAAAUCUAGAAGAUGAACUGGAUACAGUAAAAGCAGAUGCCAAAGAAAAAGAAGAGAGGGCAGCAGCCCUGCAAAACAAACUGUUAUUGAACACCACAGAAACUGAGCUUGCAAAGAUCCAGAUUCAGCUUACUGAAAAAGAUAAUAGACUUCAAACUGCAUUGAAAGAGAUUGAGAAUCUCCAGGUAUGUCUGUGUGUGUAUAUGCUUGCAAACUUUUACAGUUGCAUAGCAUUUUGUAUGGGUGCAAACUAUUUUAUUUAUAAUGGCUUAAUAUUGCAUACAUUUGUUUUUAAUAGAUACUGAUGUACACUUGGCACUUCCUAGAGGUGUUAAAGGGCACCUGCAUUAUAAGCAUGCCGUGAGGGCAGUGUGUAUAACUUAAGAUUUGUAUAUUCAUUGUCCUAGCUGCAUGUUCUGUGCUACCUUUCCUUCUUGGCUGUCAGUAAGGGUAGUGAGACUCUGACUUAACGGAUUUAAUAUGGUAUCACUCAUAUUCACAAUAUGGCAUAGGUGGUCCAGCUACGUUUGGGGCGUUUUCUAUCUUCGCAAUGGCAGCAAUGUCAACCAGUCUAUAAGUGCUGUGUAAGCAUUAUAAAUAUGCUACUUUGUCCUCAUGUGAUGUAGCUUUUCUCUAGCCCAUUACUGGUUGCUCCUAUUUUUAUCAAUGUCUUGACAAUGGAUCGACAAAGUAAAUGGCAAAUAUUGUUGAUACGUGUCAAUUUGCAUAUUAGAACUAACAUUAAGCUGGCUUUCAUAUCCUAGCACUGGUUCAGUAUGGGCUUACUUUAAAGCCUGAGAGAUACACCACUUUUUUUGUUUUUGUCCCUAUAGAGUACAGUUUCCAAAGGUGCAAAACCAUAUCAAGAGGAAAUAGACCAACUCAAAACUCAAGUUGUGAAAAUUGAGAUGGAAAGAAUGAAGUUGUCCAAAUCAAUGGACAAAGAGUAAGUAUAGUAAGAUGUGCUUCUUUUAAAACGAGUUUAUUUGGGAUUGAAUAUAUUACUAGUGAAGUAUAGUCAUGCAGAAAUAGAUGUCCUGCUAUUUUAAACUUCUGGCGGGUAAGGGACCCAUAUUCUAAAAUGUAUUUUUUUUUUUUGCAGUUGAAGGGAUGACUUGUGAUCUAAUUUAUAUGCAUCUGCAGUGUUAAACACAUGCUAUUUAAAAUGUUUAUAAAAAACUGUAUAUGUGUUAUUUAAUCAUAAAAUAGUGAGUCAGCUUUGUUUUUCUUUUUUAAAAUAUGGACCACAUAUAAUUCAUACACAAUUUGAGUAUUGUUGCAAAGAAUGUGUUCUUACUCUUGCGUAUAUUUUGUUGCGUGGUUUCCUCCAUAUUAUACCUUUUUGCUGCAUAUGUGACUGAAAUGACAGCCGGCAUAGAGCGAUGGCAGCACUAUUUCUGCCUCCUUUUGUCAUUUUAUGGAUUAUUUUCAAUAUUCUUGUUUUUGGGAUAAUGCAGAACCCUUAGCUCAAGCCGUGAAUGGGGGGCAGCAGUGAGCUUUAUUCGCGAGUGACUGCCAACAAUAGGCUGAGAGCUCACUGCCACCCCUUCAAUGACCUAAUGCGUCCACAUUAGCCAGAACGCAAGAUGAGGCAGCAGACUGACACCUAGUGACAUUUCUUCAGUGUUAAACGAUUUGAAAACUGUUUAACACUAGAAGGCACCAGACACCAUUUAAUGGAAAGGAAAUAGAUCUUGUGCCCAGACUGUUCUUUUUUUACCUUCUUCUUAGGACAUUUCAGUUUUCUUUUGUUGGACAUCUUCCUUAACCACAGAAAUUAAUGUUGCCUAAAUCCUUGCCAAAGAUUUGUACUUCAGAGCCUACAAUGUACAAUGUAUAAUAAUUUGUAUGUGCAUUAUAGAAUUGCAUCAUUAAAGUCUUGUCUGGAAGAUAAAGAAGAAUGCUUACGGAAAUUAAAAGAACAGUUAAGGCGAGCUCAAAAGGACAGUGACACAUCAGGUAUAAAUAAUGCAUGUUACACCAUUUUAAGACUCAUUGCAGGCUAGUAAGUAAUAAUGUUAUAGAUAUAUAUUGUAUAUAUCCAAUAUGAUGUAAGAAAUUAAUACUUUCAUAGGUUUAGCAAAUUGCAUCAUAAUUCAGACACGGUAAAGCCAGGGAAAACAUUGCAAAUGAUUGAUAGGGGCGUCCAGUUGCAGAAUAAACAUGUGGAUUUGUGGUUUUGGUUUUAUUUUUCAUUUGAAAUGUGAUAUUAUCCAGAUGUGAAACAUCAACAUUCGUAAUAGACAAGCAGGGACUUCUGGUUAUGUUAAAACUUCUGAACUCGGCCAUGGCACCCAUAGAUUUCUAACACCAUGACUACAUCCUUUGCAUGUGGUGAUUAUGAUGUUUAGGCUGCCAUCAAGGAGGAGACUAUUCUUGCCCUGGUUCUCUUUCAGUUUUAAGUGGAAAUAAUCUUGUCUGAAAAGUGGCUAAAUAGUUUGUUUAAUGCAAAAAUCAUAGCCUCCUGCUUUGCACUGUCAUUCUCCUCUGUUUUUGUUUAUAUAUGAAUACUAUGUGGUGUAUUAAAAGGCAUUCACAUCUAAAAAAUGUUUACAGUGUUAUAUCAUUUUUGUUUUUAUGAAAAUGUUGUAUGUAUCGUUCUUCCAACAGUUUGCUCUGAAAAGGAUCAUCCCAGUUACUCUCAUUAUCCACUUACAUGUGGUGGUGGAAGUGGUAUUGUGCAAAGCACUGCCUUCUUGGUUCUCCAAUCAGAAAAUGCAAAACUAGAAAGGGAAGCCUCCCACUAUAAGAAAAAGUAUAAUCAACUUUCUAGGUGAGAAUGCAAUAUUGUCGUUUUGAAAAAAAAAAAUUCCCAUACAUCUCUCCUUCCAAAAUGUAGAAGUAUUCUAUAUGUUUUUGUGUUUUCUUUAUAGAAAUAUUUAUAAACGUGAAGAUAAGAAAAUUAAAGUGUCUGAAACACCUGCUCCGUUAAAUGCUGCUCAUGAAUCAUAUGGGAUGUUGCCUUCAAACAAGGCAGUACCAAGUGACGUUUCUCCUACCAAGUCUGAAAUUCUUAAUCUAUAUCUAGCAUCUCCAGGCAAGACUGGUAUGCAGAGAAAGCGGGAAGCACCUCCAUACAAGACAGAGGCCAUUAAACGUGUUGCAUUAUCCCCUAGCAAGGCUGGAAGGCAUAGUGUGGCAUCAGCUUCUCCAAGCAAACCUGCAAUGCUUACAAAGUCGCAAAUAUCUCCUGAACGGACUCAAGUGCCAUUGCUCAGCUCUCUGAUUUCAUCCCCAUGCAAAAAACAAACCUUGCUAAAAAAUGAGGAUUCGCCAAAACAAAAAUUUUUUGACGCUCGAUCAAAAUCCUUGCCAUACUGUCCAACACAGUUUUUCGACAAUUCCAAGUUGGGAACGUUACCAGGUAACUUUUGUGAAUAUUAUUAUAUUCUGGUCUUGUAAUAUUUAAAUGUUACUUUUGUAGUUAUUAUAAAAGUAUUUGUUAAGACCAACAUUUGAAACUUGGCAAAUUUCAACCAGUCAUCUGAAAUUAGCAAUAUUUGUAAAGAUACUGGCCUUGCCUUCCAAGUGCUUUAUUCCGCAAACGUUUCCAAACAUAUUCUUUUUAUAAGUAGUCAAAGCAGCUUAAUAACUCCAUGUACGUAUAGUUGGUGUGCCAGGUCAGUGUUAUACCUGUGCCUGGUAGCUAUAGGCAUACAUUUUUUACGAACAAUUGCGUGUUGCUAACCAUGCCCAAAACCAUAUGAUGCAUGCAAAUUUCUUAGUAAGUAGCAUUAAAAAUACAAAAACUAGCCGUGAAAAUUGUUUUGCUGUGUUCCUGCAUGACUCUUACUUAUUUUGAUGCUGAUGCUUCAUUGAGCUACGUUUCACUUUAUCAGUAAUUCAGCUUACCUGGUACAAACUAGGGAUCGACCGAUAUUGAUUUCAGACCGAUGAAUCUGUGAACUUUCAGACCGAUAUUCUGUACAUAUACCGUAUUUGGUUUUGUUUGUUUUUUUGCAAAUCUUUUUUUUUUUAAAUGGUAAAGGCACAAAAUAUACAUGCCUGUCAGAUUUGUUUUAUGUUUUCAAGAAUAUUCCCUUCCCUGUCCCAUAAUGUUCUCCCCCCUCCCCCCCCCCUCCCCUGUCCCAUAGUGUUCUUUCCCUCCCCUGUCCCAUAGUGUUCUUUCCCCUCCCCUGUCCCAUAUUGUUCUUUCUCUCCCCUGUCCCAUAGUGUUCUUCCACCCCCCUCUGUCCCAUAGUGUUCUUCCCCCCCCUCCCCACACUUACUGUGUUCUUCCCCUGUCCCUUAGUGCCCCCCUCUCACUCCCUCCUUGGUCCCUGCUCACCGGUGUGUCUCCUGGUAACGUGGACGAGCAGAGUGUUGCACACAGCGGUACAGGAGAUUCACUCUCCUGUACCCAGCCGGACUGACAGGAAGUGCUCUCAGUGAGCACUUCCUUUCAGUCAGUCAGAGUACAGGAAACAUAAGUUCCUGUACCGCGUGCACACUUCUCCACUCGGCCAUGCUACACAGAAGGCCGGGUUGGAGGUAGCGCUGCGUGAUGUAAACACUGUCUUUUCAGAGUGUUUGCAUUGCCCCUAGGGACACCUCCAAAUGGCCACUGGUGGUGCUUCCUGGCUCAGUGCUGCACAGUAGGCAGCAGUGCUGUUCAGCGUCUCCACACUCUGCAUGGGAAGCAGAAUUUUCCUCAUAGAGAUGCAUUGAUUCAAUGCAUAUCUAUGAGGAGGUGCUGAUUGGCCAAAACGGUGUUUGGCCCAGCUCUUUGCUGUUUUCCACUAAAUCCAAUGCUUUCCCCAUGGGAAGGCAUUGGAUUGCUAAAAAUCAGCAAUUCCCAUGUCACCUAAGGGGCGGAGCUAGCGCUGGCGGACCUGUUUGGCUCUGGAAAUAAGGUGUUUUAAUUUCUUUUAAGGGGAAUAAACUAUUCUCUUAAUUCUCUUUUCAAAAAUAGGUGCAGAAAUUUUUCACUUUGUGUACUGAAGGACGAAGGCCUUUUUUAGACUCGAGGCAUUUGUGACCAAGGUCUUUUUGGCACUUUUUAAAUGCAUUUAUUCAACCACAAUUUCCCCCUUUCUGUUUAAGUGCACUUAUACAUAUUAUGAUAUAUGAUUUAAAGGAUAAAAAGGAAUUUCUUUUCAUACCCUAUAUGUAUACAUAAAGUCCUAAUAAAUAGGAAUAAAAUAUUGCUAAAUGAAAACAUGUAUAGUUAGCAUAUAAACAAAUCUUAACACAGUAGUUUUGUGUAUAUUGCUUUGCAGGCAAAUAAUAAAAAUUACAUAAGUUUAAAUUUUUCCCUUAUUUGUUUAGCCUGUAUGAAAACAAUUUGGAAAGAAUAUCUUUAACCGUUGUGACGAAAGUAACCUCGUCACUGGCUUUGGAGGGGCCUGCUGGCCAGCCUCUUGCCUCAGGACUAUGAGCCCUGCAAUAUACCUUGCCCAAUGCACUUGAAAAAGCUCUGUUCAUGUGAAGUAUGUACUUUUGUUCUCCCGACGGAGAGCCCGACCGUUGGGUCUAAUUCUCUGAAACUGUUUUGGGCAUGGGACCAUGUGCAUGGUGGGUCAAAACUAUGACUUCCAGGAAAUUCCUGAACCGAUCUUGGUGAUUUUUGGAUAUGUUGUUCACCCAGAUCAGGGCUAUCAGGGGAUGUGUAUUUUGGGGUACUUAUUGGACUUUGUAAAAAUGUGUGGUUUUUUUUUGCCUGGGGAUAAUAAAGUUAAUGCAUUAUCUGCCUUAAUUAUAUCACAGGCAGGGGGGAGGGGUUGUGUUACUGUAUGUGUGAGUGUCAUUCAUUGUCACAUUGUUUUCAUUGGUUUGUAAACUUUGUGUCCCUGUGCCCAACAAGGUCCACCUGGGCGUCACCCUUGUUGGGAAACCUGCAUAAAAGGCCAGCUGUGGCUUCCAUUAAACAGACUUACUUCACCCUCAAUCUAGAGUCUUGUCUCUUAUUGGGGAAAACUGCUAUAUACUACAAGGGAUUGCUAUAAUCACUAUACUCCUUUAGAUUCUCUGAGCUCUUGUAAGAACUAUUCCUGCUUGACUCUCUGGAGAAAGUGGUUCACCCACUGGAACCUUGAGCCUUGUCGUAGGUCCAGGGUGGGUAGGAGACGGCGAGACCCCAACCAAGCUGCGGUGGUUGUGGGGUCUGCGGUGCUUAUGGUAUCUGGUGGAGUGCUUGGCGCCCUCGGUGAACAGGAAGCUCCGUUACAACCGUAUAGUUUUUUUUUUAUAUUGCAAUAUUUUGCACAUGGUCUAAAAUGUUUCUAUGCCAAAUAAUGCUUAUCUCAUACAGUAAUGUAACAAAAUUAGAUAAAUGCAAAUGGUCAAAUACCGUGCUUAUUUAUUUUGACAAUCUUUAUUUUCAGUUUUUGUUGGGUAUAGAGAAUUUAGGAAAAUGAACAGGAUAAUAGCAACAAUGCCCGUUGAUGCGCAAAUACAUUGCUUAUAUGUAAUUGUAAGGAUACUGAAGACAUUACUAGCAGCACAACAUACUGAAAUGGCAAUAGAAAAUAAAAAGAAUUUCUCCAUUUGAGCAUAAUGCCCACAUCCAGUAAAUACAGUUAAAUCCUUUUAAAAUUUAAAUGUUAAACUUCUUAAUCAAUAUUGUAUGCUAGUGUAAUGCUGACAGUGAAAUGGUGGAGUUCACUCACUCCUCCCCCUCAGUGUCUGUAGUAAUAAUUGACCCAAUGAAACCUCCUGUGCUUUUUGGAAACCAGCGGUGGGUGAACUUACAUUUUUAUUUUUUUUUAGCAAUUUGCAAGCAUUAUGCCAAUGAUUAGUGGAUUCUGGCAGUGAAAUCCGUUUUUCUGUAUGCUUUUAAAGAUUCGGAAGAAAGAGAGAGGGGCUAUGGGGUGGGGAAACCACCACCACUACCCCACAAAAAGGUUACAGAGGUACGAGGGGCGUAACCCCACAAUAUAUAUAGAAAAAAAGACGAAAAAUGGGGCAGACAGUCCACUCACAAAAAAGUGGGUGGAAUGCCUAGCCUCAUUCAAAGUACCUCAUAAUGUAAAUAGUCACAUAGAAGAGGAUAAACAACCUUUAUUAGAAAAAAAUCCUAAAAUGGUAUAUAGUCCAAAUACUAUUACCAUACACUAAAAUAGUGUAUUGAUUAUAAGUUAACCACCAAAUUUGUAAAAGCAUGGGAGAGGCUAAUCCUGCAAGGUAUGUUUGACUUAAUAAAGGUGUAAAAAUACACCUAAAAUAAUAAAUGGGUAACAAAGCAGGUUAGUCUAAAUCCAUUCUAGGAAAGGACCCAGCUGGGUAAUUGGAUAGAAAAAGGAUAGUCUUAGAGCAGUGUCUGAGAGAAUCUGGAAAGGGCAGGGUUAAUAGCAACUAAUGGGGCGCGCUCUAAGACUAUCCUUUUUCUUUCCUAGAAUGGAUUUAGACUAACCUGCUUUGUUACCCAUUUAUUAUUUUAGGUGUAUUUUUACACCUUUAUUAAGUCAAACAUACCUUGCAGGAUUAGCCUCUCCCAGGCUUUUACAAAUUUGGUGGUUAACUUAUAAUCAAUACGCUAUUUUAGUGUAUGGUAAUAGUAUUUGGACUAUAUACCAUUUUAGCAUUUUUUUCUAAUAAAGGUUGUUUAUCCUCUUCUAUGUGACUAUUUACAUUAUGAGGUACUUUGAAUGAGGCUAGGCAUUCCACCCACUUUUUUGUGAGUGGACGGUCUGCCCCAUUUUUCGUCUUUUUUUGCUUUUAAAGAUUCAUUAUAGUGUUAGGAAUAUAACAUUGUAUUCCUAAUACUAUAGUGUCCCUCUUGAGGAGACGGGGACAGUGCAUCAAAGACCCCUUCAAUGAGAUGAAAUGGUCUGUGUAUUCUUGACCCUAUAGUGUUAAACCUGCUAGCUAUCUGCAUAUAUGAGAAGAACAUAAAAAAAAUAGUUUUUUGACUAGUGAUGCCCAACUUUUCAAUACUCUUAUAUUGUCUGUGCCAAGUUUUGAAAGUGUAUAGCCAAUUCUUAAUUGUUUUAUGAUGUUCUGCAUGUUAAGAAACACUGAUUAUUAACAUAACAAGCAAAAAGUAAUAUACACAUUUGAAUUUAAUUCAGUAUUUGACUUGUCCUAAGCCAAUGAGAAUACAAUCCAGACUCAAAUGAUAAUUUCUAAAAAGGAAAUGCACAGAUGGCUUAAAACUAAUUGUAAGGCUUUUUUUGUUAACUUGAAUCGUCCUGCCUUAACUGUUAAAUAUCAAGUGUGUUUUAGUCACAUAACCCUUUUACAUACUGUGCAUAUUUUAAAAAAACAAAACAUAAUUUCUUCACAUUUUUGAUGUGUAUCAAGUGCGUUGAUCUAUAUUUUAUUCUAUUCCAGAUGUUAAAAAUGUUGAAUCUACAGCUGAAACAGAAACUUGGUGGUAUGACCGAAAAAAGGAAACUGCCAAUGAAUGUAAAACUUCCUAAUGUGCGUCUCUCACGUGAAAAUCCCUGCACUUGGUAUAGCUGUAAUACUUCCCAAAGUUAACAUGGUCAUUAACAUCUUCGCUGAAGCAGAUGGAGUAUAUGGGAGUAUAACACACACACUGGAUGAAUGUAAACCAUUACUUUGUAAAUCAAAGUCUUAUUUGUAAAUAUUUUGUUUAAAAUCUUUAGCACAGCAGUCACUCUAAUCUUUGGGUAGGAAUUUUAAUACAAGAGUUUCAGCAGAACAACACAGCAUUCGCUAAUUUUAAAGAAGACCUAUAAGAGGGUAAAUCAUAAUGAUGGCAUCAGUGCAGAUUAUAAAUUUAAAAAGUAUGUUAUGUCUUUACUUUUUGUUUGUCAUAUCUUCCUAUAUCCACUUUAUUUGAAUGUUAUUUUGUUUGUCAUGUUAAUAAAGUGCAAUAUGACCUUUAAUGUAUAAACUAUUUCAUGUGUUGAUUUUUCACUUUUUUGACAAUUUGGGUAUUUCAUUUUAGGUUAAACCUCAUCAAGUGUUAAUUUGAUAUUUGCAAAAUAACUUGCAAUAAACUCUGAGAAUGGUAUGGCAGGAUCACGG